UUAACAGUGGGCAACCAAGCGGGGACGCUGUUCGGCUUUUAGUUUUGAAACGGCAGUGAAGAGUUAACCAUUGUUUCUCUUUGCAGAUGAUCCAUGAAGGAAACAAUGCCAUUCUGCUGAUUUCGAAUACGUACGAGGAAGAUACGGGAAAGUUUACGGUUCGAGCGACGACCUCCGCCGGUCAAGUUGAAAGAUCUGCCAAACUAAUUGUAAAAAGACGUCCCGGUAAAUUCAGGCGCGUCCCCGUUACCGACCACAAGGAUAAACCCCAACAGCUGAAACCGUCGCAAACAUCCGGUCAGCUAGGAACUGGCCAAUCGCAACUGAUUGACGGCGUUGGUAGCCCAUCGCACGGCAAACCAACGGACGCUCAUGAAGUACCACAAGGCGAUGAGUCCUUACCGUGGAGAACUAAACACGCACCGGGCAUUCAACAGGCUCAACCGUGGACGCAGGAAGAAGUACAACUCAAGAAGGUCACGAAAAGCGUGAAGGAAAUCGAAAAAGACACGCUGGAGAGUGUCACACUUAAGCCCACCCCGUUGAAGAAGGGAGUGGUCGAGUCGGACAAGGAAACCGUAAUUCUUUCGAAAGUGCCGCAACCCCUAGAACAAACAGCUGCCAAAUCGAAGAGCGAGAAGACUGUGGCUAGGUGGGGGGAGGUCGAGGAUGUCACGCUGCUCGAGCGUAGCGAAACGGAAACCAAAGCCGAGCUACAACCGAAGCAAUGGAGGAAGAUUAGGGCGAGCACCGAAGACACAUACGCGUCUGAAACUGAACAGGUGCCACCCCUACAGCAAAUCAAACGAAAAGAUGUGAACUGGGAAAAAAUUCAGCACGAUGAAACCACCACCAUUACCAAAGAGACUAAGGAGGAGACCGAAACUACAAAACGCAAAGUGGACUGGAGAAGACCUACGGUGGAGGGUCCUAAACGCGUUGAUCACGUAGAGAAGACUGAGGACGUAACCGUAACCGAGGACGUGACAAUGUUAGACAUACAGCGCGUGGAGCAAGUAGAGCAACGUCCGCUGCCGUGGACUGAGCAGGUCAAAGAACUUAAACGUACCCCUAAAGUUGUCAAGACCCAAGAAAAGGAGAAGGUGGAAGACGUUACGCUUAAACCCGUACCGAGAGAACCUGGUGCGGAACAAAAGCGUGCAGUAGAGGAUGUUACACUUACGCGUGUAUCCGAAGAGGAACUCGUGCAAACGCAAGGGUGGCGAAAACCCAAACCGGACGAAAUGAAACCGUGGACCGAACAAGUUAAGGAGCUCAAGCGUACGCCGAAAGAGGAGGUGAAGCACGAGCACAUUGAAGAAGUCUCCGAAAUUAGAGAGUGGAGAAAACCGAAAGCAGACGAAACGCAACCGGAACAGAAACUGAAGAAAGUUGAAGAAAAACCAGUUCCGUGGACGGAGCAGGUUAAAGAACUUAAACGAACUCAAAUACAGAAGCACGAGGACAAACAAGAAGUUGAGGACAUUACCCUUAAACCGGUUCCGAAGGCGAAGCAAGAGGUGUUGACCAAGAGAGAAGAGCACUUUGAAACGAAGACCGAGGAAGUAACUCUAAUUAAAGACUGGAGCGUGAAAGAAAUCAAAGCGGAAGAACAAAAACCAAAGAAAGUAGAAGAAAAGACCCAACCACAUCUCGACAAAGCUAUACCGUGGACAGAGCAAGUCAAGGAACUUAAACGUACCCCGAAAACCCAAAAGCCUGACGACAGAGAGGAAGUAGAGGAGGUUGGUCUUAAGCCAGUGCCAAAGGGCAAAAAGGAAGUGUUUGCGAGGAAAGAGGAGCAGGUGGAAACGAAGGUUGAGGAAGUAACGGAAAUCAAAGACUGGCGAAAACCCCGGGCCGAAAAACACAUUGAAGAUGAAACCGUAAAAGAAUUCAAACCAGAAGAACAACAACCCAGAAAGAUAGAUGAAAAGAUACAACCACAGCUCGAGAAGGCGGUACCCUGGACAGAACAAGUAAAAGAACUGAAACGUACCCAAAAGGUUCAGAAGCAUGACGAAAAGCAAGAAACAGAGGAAGUUGCCCUUAAACCGGUUCCGAAAGAAAAAGGGGUGAUUACCAAGAAAGAAGAACACGUUGAAAUUAAGAGCGAGGAAGUUACAGAAAUAAGAGACUGGAGAAAACGAGGCGAACAGGCUGUGACGACUACCCAAGAGACUGAUACCACAAAAGAAAUAAAGCCGAAGAAAGCAGAAGACAAAGCUGUGCCAUGGACAGAACAAGUGAAGGAACUUAAACGCACCCCGAAACUAUUAAAGCCCGAAGAUAAGGAGGAAGCAGAGGAGGUUAGUCUUAAACCUGUACCAAAAGGCAAAAAGGAAGUGUUGGCGAGGAAAGAGGAACACGUGGAAACGAAGGUUGAGGAGGUAACGGAAAUCAAAGACUGGCGAAAACCACGAACUGAAAAGCAGGAUGUAUAUCAAAUACAAGAUGAAACCGUAACAGAAUUCAAACCAGAAGAACAAAGACCCAGAAAGGUAGACGAGAGGAUACAACCACAGCUCGAGAAAGCUGUGCCCUGGACAGAACAAGUCAAGGAGCUCAAACGUACACCAAAAACUCAGAAACCUGAUGAAAAGCCGGCACAAGAGGAAGUUGCCCUUAAACCUGUACCAAAAGAGAAGAAAGAGGUAAUGGCAAAGAAAGAAGAACACGUUGAAAUCAAAACCGAAGAAACUACAGAAAUCAAAGACUGGCGGCAACUACGACCGCAAAAGGUAGCGGAGAGUGUUACUCAAGUAGAAGAAGAGACUGUAAUGGAAAUACAAACUGAGGAGCAGAAACGGAAGAAGGUAGACGAAAAGAUACAAACAGCAUUAGAUAAGGCUGUACCGUGGACCGAGCAAGUAAAAGAACUGAAACGUGCACCCAAAGUUCAGAAACCUGAAGAAAAACCAGAAGAGGAAGUUGCUCUUAAGCCUGUACCAAAGACGAAGAAAGAGGUGGAGGCAAAGAAAGAAGAGCACCUUGAAAUAAAAACCGAGGAAAUUACCGAAGUGAAAGACUGGCGUAAACCACGCACGCAAAAGGUAGUGGAGAGUACUCAAGAUGUAAGUCAAAUAGAUGAAGAAACUGUCAAAGAAAUACAAAUUGACGAACAGAAAUUAAAGAAAGUAGACGAAAAACUACAACCAGCAUUAGAUAAAGCUGUACCAUGGACAGAACAAGUAAAAGAACUAAAGCGUACACCAAAGGUUCAGAAACCUGAAGAAAAACCAGAACAAGAAGAAGUUACGCUUAAGCCUGUUCCGAAGACGAAGAAAGAGGUGGAUGCAAAGAAAGAAGAGCACCUUGAAACAAAACCCGAGGAAAUUACCGAAGUGAAAGACUGGCGAAAACCACGCACGCAAAAGGUAGUGGAGAGCACUCAAGAUGUUACCCAAGUAGCGGAAGAAACAGUAACAGAGAUACAAACUGAAGAACAGAAACCUAAAAAGGUAGAUGAAAAGACACAACCGGCAUUAGAUAAGGCUGUACCAUGGACAGAACGAGUAAAAGAACUAAAGCGUACACCAAAGGUUCAAAAACCUGAAGAAAAACCAGAACAAGAAGAAGUUGACCUAAAACCUGUACCGAAGAAAAAGAAAGAGAUGGAAGCAAAGAAAGAAGAGCACCUCGAAACAAAAACCGAGGAAACUACCGAAGUCAAAGACUGGCGUAAACCACGCCAAACGCAAAAGGUAGUGGAGAGUACUCAAGAUGUAACUCAAAUAGAAGAAGAAACUGUCAAAGAAAUACAAAUUGACGAACAGAAAUUAAAGAAAGUAGACGAAAAAAUACAACCAACAUUAGAUAAAGCUGUACCAUGGACAGAACAAGUAAAAGAACUAAAGCGUACACCAAAGGUUCAAAAACCUGAAGAAAAACCAGAACAAGAAGAAGUUACGCUUAAGCCUGUUCCGAAGACAAAGAAAGAGGUGGAUGCAAAGAAAGAAGAGCACCUUGAAACAAAAACCGAGGAAAUUACCGAAGUGAAAGACUGGCGAAAACCACGCACGCAAAAGGUAGUGGAGAGCACUCAAGAUGUUACCCAAGUAGCGGAAGAAACAGUAACAGAGAUACAAACUGAAGAACAGAAACCUAAAAAGGUAGAUGAAAAGACACAACCGGCAUUAGAUAAGGCUGUACCAUGGACAGAACAAGUAAAAGAACUAAAGCGUACAGCAAAGGUUCAAAAACCUGAAGAAAAACCAGAACAAGAAGAAGUUGACCUAAAACCUGUACCGAAGAAAAAGAAAGAGAUGGAAGCAAAGAAAGAAGAGCACCUCGAAACAAAAACCGAGGAAACUACCGAAGUCAAAGACUGGCGUAAACCACGCCAAACGCAAAAGGUAGUGGAGAGUACUCAAGAUGUAACUCAAAUAGAAGAAGAAACUGUCAAAGAAAUACAAAUUGACGAACAGAAAUUAAAGAAAGUAGACGAAAAAAUACAACCAACAUUAGAUAAAGCUGUACCAUGGACAGAACAAGUAAAAGAACUAAAGCGUACACCAAAGGUUCAAAAACCUGAAGAAAAACCAGAACAAGAAGUUGCCCUUAAGCCUGUACCGAAGACGAAGAAAGAGGUGGAGGCAAAGAAAGAAGAGCACCUUGAAACAAAAACCGAGGAAAUUACCGAAGUGAAAGACUGGCGAAAACCACGCACGCAAAAGGUAGUGGAGAGUGCUCAAGAUGUAACUCAAAUAGAAGAAGAAACAGUCAAGGAAAUACAAAUAGACGAACAGAAAUUAAAGAAAGUAGACGAAAAAAUACAACCAGCAUUGGAUAAAGCUGUACCAUGGACAGAGCAAGUUAAAGAACUGAAGCGUGCACCCAAAGUUCAAAAACCUGAUGAAAAACCAGAACAAGAAGAAGUUGCUCUAAAACCUGUACCGAAGAAAAAGAAAGAGGUAGAAGCAAAGAAAGAAGAACAUCUUGAAACUAAAACCGAAGAAAUUACCGAAAUCAAAGACUGGCGAAAGCCACGAACGCAAAAAGUAGUAGAAGGUACUGAAGUUGUUACCCAAGUAGAAGAAGAAGUUGUAACAGAGAUACAACCUGACGAACAAAAACCUAAGACAGUAGAUGAAAAGAUACAACCAGUAUUGGAUAAGGCUGUACCAUGGACAGAACAAGUGAAAGAACUAAAGCGUACACCAAAGGUUCAAAAGCCUGAAGAUAAACCAGAACAAGAAGAAGUUGAUCUAAAACCUGUACCGAAGAAAAAGAAAGAGAUGGAAGCAAAGAAAGAAGAGCAUCUUGAAACUAAAACUGAAGAAAUUACCGAAAUCAAAGACUGGCGUAAACCACGACGAACGCAAAAGGUAGUGGAGAGUAGUCAAGAUGUUACCCAAGUAGAAGAAGAAACAGUAACGGAGAUACAAACUGAGGAACAGAAAUCCAAGAAGGUAGACGAAAAGAUACAACCAGCAUUAGAUAAAGCAGUACCAUGGACAGAGCAAGUUAAAGAACUGAAGCGUGCACCCAAAGUUCAAAAACCUGAUGAAAAACCAGAACAAGAAGUUGCUCUAAAACCUGUACCGAAGAAAAAGAAAGAAAUGGAAGCAAAGAAGGAAGAGCAUCUAGAAACGAAAACUGAAGAAACUACCGAAAUCAAAGACUGGCGUAAACCAAGAACGCAAAAGAUAGUAGAAAGUACUCAAGAUGUUACCCAAGUAGAGGAGGAAACUGUAAAAGAGAUACAACCUGAAGAACAGAAGCCUAAGAAAGUAGAUGAAAAGAUACAACCAGCAUUGGAUAAGGCUGUACCCUGGACAGAGCAAGUUAAAGAACUGAAGCGUGCACCCAAAGUUCAAAAACCUGAAGAAAAACCAGAACAAGAGGAAGUUACCCUUAAGCCCGUACCGAAGACGAAGAAAGAGGUGGAGUCAAAGAAAGAAGAGCACCUCGAAACAAAAACCGAGGAAACUACCGAAGUCAAAGACUGGAGAAAACCACGCCCGCAAAAGGUAGUGGAGGGUAGUCAAGAUGUAACCCAAGUAGAAGAAGAGACUGUAACGGAGAUACAAACUAAGGAACAGAAAUCGAAGAAGGUAGACGAAAAGAUACAACCAGCAUUAGACAAAGCUGUACCAUGGACAGAACAAGUAAAAGAGCUGAAGCGUGCUCCCAAAGUUCAAAAACCUGAAGAAAAGCCAGAACAAGAAGAAGUUGCUCUAAAACCUGUACCGAAGAAAAAGAAAGAAAUGGAAGCAAAGAAAGAAGAACAUCUAGAAACGAAAACUGAAGAAACUACCGAAAUCAAAGACUGGCGUAAACCAAGAACGCAAAAGAUAGUAGAAAGUACUCAAGAUGUUACCCAAGUAGAGGAGGAAACUGUAAAAGAGAUACAACCUGAAGCACAGAAGAAGAAAAUAGAUGAAAAGAUACAACCAGCAUUGGAUAAGGCGGUACCAUGGACAGAGCAAGUAAAAGAACUAAAGCGCGCACCCAAAGUUGAAAAACUUGAAGAAAAACCAGAACAAGAGGAAGUUGAUCUAAAACCUGUACCGAAGAAAAAGAAAGAGGUUAAGGCAAAGAAAGAAGAACAUCUUGAAACAAAAACCGAAGAAACUACCGAAAUCAAAGAUUGGCGUAAACCACGAACGCAAAAGGUAGUGGAAGGUACUGAAGAUGUUACUCAAAUAGAGGAAGAAACUGUAAAGGAGAUACAACCCAAAGAACAGAAGCCUAAGAAAGUAGAUGAAAAGAUACAACCAGCAUUGGAUAAGGCUGUACCGUGGACAGAGCAAGUAAAAGAACUAAAGCGUGCACCCAAAGUUGAGAAACCUGAAGAAAAACCAGAACAAGAGGAAGUUGAUCUAAAACCUGUACCGAAGAAAAAGAAAGAGGUUAAGGCAAAGAAAGAAGAACAUCUUGAAACAAAAACCGAAGAAACUACCGAAAUCAAAGAUUGGCGUAAACCACGAACGCAAAAGGUAGUGGAAGGUACUGAAGAUGUUACUCAAAUAGAGGAAGAAACUGUAAAGGAGAUACAACCCAAAGAACAGAAGCCUAAGAAAGUAGAUGAAAAGAUACAACCAGCAUUGGAUAAGGCUGUACCGUGGACAGAGCAAGUAAAAGAACUAAAGCGUGCACCCAAAGUUGAGAAACCUGAAGAAAAACCAGAACAAGAGGAAGUUGAUCUAAAACCUGUACCGAAGAAAAAGAAAGAGGUUAAGGCAAAGAAAGAAGAACAUCUUGAAACAAAAACCGAUGAAACUACCGAAACCAAAGAUUGGCGUAAACCACGAACACAAAAGGUAGUGGAAGGCACUGAAGAUGUUACCCAAAUAGAGGAAGAAACUGUAAAAGAGAUACAACCCGAAGAACAGAAGUCUAAGAAAGUAGAUGAAAAGAUACAACCAGCAUUGGAUAAGGUGGUACCAUGGACAGAGCAAGUAAAAGAAUUGAAGCGCGCACCCAAAGUUCAAAAACCAGAAGAAAAACCAGAACAAGAGGAAGUUGAUUUAAAGCCUGUACCGAAGAAAAAGAAAGAGGUUGAAGCAAAGAAAGAAGAACAUCUCGAAACAAAAACCGAAGAAACUACCGAAAUCAAAGAUUGGCGAAAACCACGAACGCGAAAGGUAGUGGAAGGAACUGAAGAUGUUACCCAAGUGGAGGAAGAAACUGUAAAAGAGAUACUACCUGAAGAACAGAAACCUAAGAAAGUGGAUGGAAAGAUACAACCAGCAUUAAAUAAGGCGGUACCAUGGACAGAGCAAGUAAAAGAACUUAAGCGUGCACCAAAAGGUCAAAAACCUGAAGAAAAACCAGAAAAAGAAGAAGUUUCCCUAAAACCUGUACCGAAGAAAAAGAAAGAAGUGGAAGCAAAGAAAGAAGAGCAUGUUGAAACAAAGAUCGAGGAAGUCACAGAAGUCAAAGAUCAGAAAGUAGCGGAACCCAUUCAAGACCUCCAACAUGAGGAGCAAAAACCUAUGAUAGUAGAUAAAAAAGAGAUGGAAGAACAUGUUGAAGUGAAAGCGGAGGAAACUGCUGAAGUCAAAGGUUGGAGAAAACCAAGACCACAAAAGGUAACUAAGAGAACCCCAGAAGUUACUCAAGUAGGUCAGGAAACUAUCAAGGAUAUUAAACCUGAAGAAGAGACACCUCAAAUGGUUGAAGCAAGGAAACAACCGGAUAUUGAAGAAGUGGCAAUAAAGCAAGUCAUAACGGAAGAACCAAAGCCCAAAAAAAUGGAAGAAAAGAUACCACCAGCUGUGCCUUGGACUGAACAAGUCAAAGAACUUAAACGUACACCCAAACUCCUCAAACCUGAAGAAAAGGUAGAAAAAGAAGAAGUUACACUUAAGCCAGUACCUAAACACAAAGAGGAAAUUCCAGAAAAAGAAGAGCAAAAAGAAGAACACAUUAAUGUCAAAACAGAAGAAGUUAUAGAGACUAAGGAUAGGAAAAAGCCCCGACGCCAAAAGGUAAAGGUACAACCAGGGGAUAAAGAAUUAGAAAAAGAAGAAGUGCCACUUCAAACGGACGAGCAAGUUGCCACUAAGGUCGAGGAAGUUGUUUACACUAAGAGCUGGAGAAAACCAAGACCUGAAAAAGUAAAGGUUGAAUCAGAAGAAAUCCAACCAGAGAAAACGAUUUUAGUUGAAGAAACUGUAACAGAGGUGCAAGAUACCGUGGUGCUCAAGGUAGAUGAAGGGACAAAAGUUGAAGAUCAAGAAAAGCCAGCUCGUAUUAAGAGAAAACCAAUUCCGAUCGAACAACAUACGGCACCUGUAGAAAAAUUCGCUGACGUGAAAUUGAAACCGACGAAAAAGGUUGAAAAAGCCGUCGAAGAAGCGCCAUUGGAGACAGUAACACUAAAACCGAUUCCUAAGGUUGAAGUGAUUGAAAUGCACAAAGUUUCUGAACCAGAACAACCUGUGAUAUUGGAGAAGACUGUUAUAACGGAAAUACCCGAUGACUUGAAGAAAUACGAACCUGAAAAGUUAGAAGAAAUUGAACCAUAUAAGAAACCUGAGAAAAUAGAAGAAAAGGCUGAGCCUGCCCCAUGGCGGCGACAACCUAAGCCGCAAAAAGAGGAAGUCCCGGAAGAGCCGGUUAAAAUUAAAAUUGGUAAAGGUAAAAUUCCUCAAGAGGAAAUGAAAGAAGAAACUGUACAAUUAAAACCGAUACCUAAAAAGAAACCUGAGGACGUUGAUGAUAAGGAUAAGACUGUGAAAGUAACACCUAAACGACACGAUAAGGUUGAGAUAGAAGAGGUUUCGCCAGAAUUCGCGUUGCGCAAAGAACCCGAAAUAACCGUUCAUAGGGAAGAGCCUGAUACCAAGCCUAUUGACGUGCCAACUGACGAAAAAGAAGAACAACCUAAGGAAGCGCCUGUAGGGCGCUGGAGGAGACAAAAGAAAGAGAAGGAGCAACCAAAGGAGGAGGAGAAGCAAUGGCCCACUGGUAAACGGCGGCCAAAAGGACCCGAUGAACAAGAAGAAGUCAAGCUUAAACCUAUUCCAAAACCGGACAAAGAACUUGAAGAAAAAGAGCCGAAGAGGGUAGACUUGGAAGAUAAACCCAAGAAAUCCGAGGAGAAACCUGAAGAAGUUCCAGCUUUGGUAAUCAAACCUGUUAAGCAGCUGCCGAAGGUAGAAGAUGAAGAACCUGAAAAAGUAGCUCUAAAACCUGCACCUAAGAAGGAAGUGGUUGUCGAAGAAAAGACAGAAAUUAAAAAGCGUAGAAUUAGGCGCAAACAGAAAUACCUUGACAACAUUCCAAUAGAUGUCGAAGAAGAGGAGAUAAUUGAAGAGGAAGGUUCCAUGGAACCUAUAAAGGCCGAAUUGGUUCCAACGAAGCUGGAAGAUCAGCAGGAGGCAGUCGUCCAACCGACUGUCACCACGGUUGAGUCACACGCGCAGAUAACUCUAGCCGAAAAGGAUAGCGGCAUUGAAAAGGUUACGCCUAAGGAAACCGUUCAGGAAGAGGAGGAGGAAGAACAGUUUUAUGCAAAGGAGGUGAAAUUUGACAUCGCAUCGAAGAAAGCUGUCACAGAAAAACGGCAAAUUAGAUACUUCGACGACAACGACCGCCCCUUGCCCGAACUGGAAAUCAUUACCCAAAAGAGAAGCACGGAGGGAGUUGACAAAGUUCCCGAAGAGCCCAUUGUUGAAGAAAUCGAAGUUAGAGAAGAUAAGCGAACCGUUCGUAAGUCUUUGAUCGAGAAGCCGAGACCGAAACCGCCCAAAUUUACUAAGCGAGUUGAGCCUGUUGUCGCCGAGAAAGAUAAGCCCGCUAAGUUGGUGUGUAAGGUUGAAGGUUCUCCGUUCCCCGAAAUCGCGUGGUACAAAAAUGAGGUACUUCUCAAAUCUGAUGAGCACGUUCAGGUUACGGUCGUUGAGGAUACCGUAAUGUUGGAGUUUUCAACUGUACAGCCGCAGGACGUCGCCAUUUACUCGUGUCGAGCUACCAAUCCGGCGGGUAUCGCUACAUCUACCGCCAAUUUGGUGAUUUUAGAAAAAGAAGAAACUGGCGUGGCACCGUUCUUUGAACAACCACUGAAACCACACAUUGCGGAGGAGAAGAAAACCUCGCUACUGAAGUGCAUUGUGCGCGGAACGCCAACGCCUUCGGUGCAAUGGUUCAAAGACAACAAGGAGGUGGUGCCUGAUGAGGGUCACCGAGUCGAAUAUAAUCCAGAAACGGGCGAAGCUACUUUAGAAAUUCUUUCCACUGUUACCGAGGAUGAAGCUAUUUUCACAGUGACUGCCGAUAACAAAUUUGGCAGAGCUCAAUGUCGCGCAAACUUGGUCCUUUCGCAUGAAGUGGUGGUUACCAAACCGCUUGUCAUGGAAGCGCCCAAAAUCACAAAGCCAAUAAAAGCACUUGUCGCAAAACCGAACGAAGACAUAAUUUUGGAGGUGGAAUUCAAAGGCGUGCCCACUCCGGAGAUCUCGUGGUUGAAAAAUGGGCAAAAAGUUGUUAGCGGCAAAGACGUGCAGAUCGUAACCACUGAAGAGACUACCAAAUUGAAGAUUUCCAAGAAACAUCCCAAAAAAGGAGGGAAGUACGAAGUUCGUGCCACUAAUCCAAAGGGAGAAGCGCGCACGACAGGUUCCGUUACAAUAACCGAAAACAAAGAAAUGCACGAUGCGAAAGCUCCAAGAUUUAUUCGUCCAAUACUAUCGCAAGUAGUAACAUUGGGAGAGACGGUGAUUAUGGAGGCAGAGGUGGAAGCCGAGCCGCUUGCCUCAUUCCAAUGGUACCAAGGUACUGCUCCGUUAGUCUCGUCUUCCGAGAUACGUAUCACAACUGUAGGCAAUCGGUCGGUGCUGCAAAUAGCAAAAGUGAUGACCAAAACCAUGGAGCCGAUAACGUGUCAAGCUGAAAAUGCGAUAGGAAUGGUGACGAGCACUGCAAUUUUGGAGGUGAUUGAAGACGAGGAGUGGGAGGAGACCACCGAGUUGGUGUAUCCGAGAUUCGUGGAGAAACUGUCGCCGGUGACGAUAAUGGACGGAGAAACGGUGACGUUUACUUCCAAGGUGAUUGGAAAGCCAACUCCCCUGGUGGAGUGGUUCUUCAAAGGGCAGCCUAUACGAGAAGCCAAGGAUGUCACGAUUACGCAGGACACUGACGGUGUCUGCUCGCUUGCGAUUUCUGAGGCGUUCCCUGAAAAUGCGGGCGACUACACGUGCCGCGCGGUUAACCGGAUUGGGGAGGCGGUCUGUACAACAUCGUUAAUUGUAGAGCCUUACGAGUACGUUGCCGAUUCCGAAAUUGGUCUUAUGACUGGACCGAGUGGUUCCGAGGAAGAUUUGCUGGAUAAGACUCUCAGCGACUUGGAAAUGUUCUCAGAUAGUGACGUAGAGUGUGCCCCAAGGAUUGUUAAGAAACUCCCGGAGGUGAUUACUACAAAAGAUGGCGAUGUAACGAAGCUUGAAGUGAAAGCAGUUGGUAAACCGACCCCUACGGGUCGAUGGUUAAAACAAGGCGAAGAGAUUGUCGCUUCUAAUGAAUUUACCAUUGAGAACUAUGAGGAUGGUACCUCGGUCUUGAUCAUAUCGGAGGUGUACCCAGAUGACACCGGGGAGAUCGUGUUUGAGGCCCACAACCCGUUGGGCGUCGCCAUUACGACAACGGAACUCACGGUAGAAAGCAUUGUUGGAACCAAACUCUACCGAAAACCGGAAUGGGUCACGCACAUGGAGGAAUUGCAGGACGCUUUACAAGCUGCUCGAAGUGUUCCGACCUUCGUCCAGGAAAUCAAAGACGUACGAACAACCGAACUAGAAACAAUAGUUUUCGAAUGCAUGUUUUCUGGGACACCCACACCAGAUAUCGCAUGGUACCAUAACAAUAAAGUAAUACGUAAUACUGACAAAAUUAAGAUUCGCAUUCAGGACAAUAAGACGACGUGCACCAUUAAGGAUGUGAACGUAGAGAAUGUCGGGGCGUACGUCUGCAAGGCGGUGAGCGAUGCUGGCAUCGCCACAACGAAAGCGAAACUGUACGUCCAGGAGAUUCCGCACCAGAAGAAAUUGGAAAUCAAAAAGGCGAUCGAGGAGGAAGAGCGCGUUAAGAAGGAACGGGUCAAGGUCGAGAAGAAGGAGGUGCGCAAAACGAAGGCGAAGGAGUUGAGAGAGGACGUAAUCAAACCGGUGGGCGUCGAGGAGGUGCGCACGAUCGAGGUGACCGAGGAAAUCGAGGAGGUUGUCAGCGAGAAAGCCAAACCGAUUGUGCCCACCCAAGAGUACAUAUCGACCGAGGCCAUCGCGUCCUGUAAAAAGAUCGACGAGGAAGAAGAGUCGCUCGAAGUUCUCCAGAGACAGGCCGAAAAGAAACUACAGCCACAGGAGUCCAUUGGGGUCACGGACGUAAACGUCGAAGAUUUCCUGCAGGAAAUCAGACCAAGCGCGGCCGAGUUGGCGAGGGCUACAACAACCAGAUCGUCGCUCUUCGGAGAGGCGAGCGUAACCGAGGUGAAGUUGGAAGAAAUCAUUGAAAAGGUAGAGAAGGUCAUCGUGAAAGAAGAACUGAAGAUGGCCAAAGAGGUGACUGAUAUCCUCAACUUGAUUAAGGCGAAAGAGUUUGGACCGGGCGAAAGUCCGCUUCGCGAACUGGCCGAGAUCAGCUACCUGAUGAAGACCGGAAUAUCAGUCAAUGAGAUCACGGUGUUGUACAACGAAAACAAAUUUCCCUCGCUCAAAACUCCGGACGCUCAGUCCGCCUUGGUUAAUGUGGUUGAACGUAAAGGACACAGCCCUUUGAUAUCACAGGUUUUGACUGAAGAAACCACUAGCGACGAAGGAAAGCUCGCCGCCACCGUCGGCUUCAAAGCCUUCAUGAAGAUGAUCGAGUGCAACUACGCUACCGUUGAAGAAGUGAUCACUCAGUUCUCACCCGAAGACUUCAUUCAGCGUGCUUGGGAAAAGACAGAGGUUGUAGAAGACGUAACGAAGAGCGCUGCUGUUGAAACUGUUACUAUCACACAGAAAGCUGAAGUUCACAUUGAGAGCAGCAAAACCGAAACAAAAGUAAAAGAAGACAUAAAACAAGAAACCAUUGUGGUCGAGGAAGAGACCGUUCGAGAGGAAGUGGGCGUGAAACGAAAAGAAACCGCGCAGCCCACGCAAGUUGACCAAGUACAGAUUACAGAGCUGCCCGUUGAUGAAGAGAGUCAAACCACUCAGGCGUCAUUUGCCAUUGUUACGCAUCCUACUGAAACACAAAAAGAGAAAGAAGAAGAGGAGGAGGAAGAAAUCAUUGUCUUAGAAAAAACAAAGAGUGGAAAAAUGCAAAAGAAGACGCGUAAGAAGAAAGGCGAAGUAAAGGAAGAGACUGAGAUUGUAGAGACGAUAGAGAAAAGAAAAUUACAGUCUAAGGUUCCCCAAGUGAGCGAGGAAAUAGUCGAAGACGAAACAACGGGAAUCAUUAAACCAUUUGAUGCGGCUACGGAAAAACAAAUGCCACUAGAAUCUUCCAUCUCCCUAGCGCAAGCAACCUCUACAUCGCAAAGUGUGGAAAUAUCUGUGGGAAAACCGACGGAGCAAAACGUGGAUGUCAGUCUGAUCACCCACUCCGCUUUGUCCAAAGAAGAGGUUGUCGCGCAGGAUAAGGAAACUGAAAGUGAGCAUCCAGAGAAAGCCACUUUCAAGGCGACUCAAGCCAUUGACGCAAAAGAAUCUCUGGAAGUUACAGAACAAGACGUCCAAGUUCUACCCCAGGUGUUCGCCGACAAGCCGACGCCCCAAACGGCCGAGGCAACCACUAAGUUUGUACACAGCGAAAGUAUCGCGGUCAGCGAGGUACAAGAGAAGUACAGCGUUGACGAUUUGAAAAAGGAGACGGAUGCCGACACAAAGGCUGGCGUAUCAAUUUUGCUACACGAAGCUGCAGGCGUCACCGAAACCGAGUUAUCGCAACGCGAAGAAGAUUUCGACACGGUGCCGUCAAGUAAAGUACAAGCAACAAAAUCGGUCAGCACCAAGGAGAGCAUUUCUGUAACCGAAAUACAUGAGGGUGAUACUGAGGCGAAAUUUGAUGGCACAUUGCGAGAUUUAGCGACGAAACCUAAAGUCGACGUGCAGUUCGUAGAGUCUUUAAUUAUUAGCGAGGUCACUACGGAGGUGAAACCCGGAAAACAUCUGCCACAAUCGUUUGUAGCCACCGAGGUGGCAAAUCCAAAUGUCAUUGCCCAAAAACCACUGACUUCGCUCGAGAUGUUCGCGAGCGAGCUGGAAGGAGAGUAUGUGCCAGGAAAGUUGCCACCCAGCCAAACAGCUGGAGUGGGUCUAAUUACUGACGAAAGCUUACAAGUUGAGUAUCCCCAAAUUCAAGAGAAAGAGAGCGAGUUUCUAGAGUCGAAGCAGCCCGAUCGAAGUACCGCAGACGAAGAGCUUAUUUUAUUGGAGGGGGUUACUGUUACGGGAACUGACAGUCAAUUACCGCAAGGUGAAUUCGUCGAGGAGGCUGUGCCGCGGCAAACUGCCGAAGUGGAAAUAUUGACGAAGGAGUCAGUUUUGACAAGUACAAACGUGGCGGUUGAAAGUGGUGGGGAUUAUUCGCCCGGAGACAAACCAGAGGGCAAGGUGGCGUCUACAACGCUUUUCUGUCUAGAAACGACCCACAAGUCGGAGGUUUCCGUGCAUGAAUCGGAAGGCCUACUCUCGUCUGAUGCGAAACCAACGCAGGUUGUCGCGACGUCAUCUAUAAAGCCCACCGAAUCGCUUGGUGUGUCGGAAGUGCACACGGCGGAUUCGUCGACGGAAUUUAAGGAGACCCCUAAGUAUGUGACGGAAGAAGCAGAGUCGGUUAUUGAAACUCAAGAGGCCAAAGAGAUUACGGUAACACAUGUCGGAGAGAAGGAAGGAACGUACGCGGAGGAGGUACCUUCCUUUUCCACCGUAAGCGCGUCGUACGCAGGGUCGAAAUACGAAAUUGGGGUUGUCCAACAGGAGACUAUGGAAUCUGAGGGGCAGCUUAAGCCUGAUCAGGUACCUGAUAUACAAACUGGCAAGGAAAUUUCCACCCAUACGCUGCCAACCAGUAUCGUUGAAGAGGUUCAAGCGGAAAGUCGCACGAAAGAAUUAUCAGACGAAACUCCACAGGCUGGAUAUGCGAGUACCACACAUUCUACGCACACGGAGACGAUUAUCUCACAAGCGGUGUUAGAUGAGUCGCUCAAACAGUACGAGCACGAGGAGUUGAAUACUAAGCAGGCGGAGGUUGGGCUAACAACUGGCGAGGGAGUCAGCGUAACCGAAGUUUACGCGAAGGACAAAGAGGCUGACUACAUUUCCGGCGAAUUUACCUCCUAUACCGCUACUCCUCAACUUGACGUACAAAGUGUUGCCAGUAAAAUCGAAAUCGAAGCUGAUUUCGUCCCCGGAAAUAUUGUGGAGGACAAGCAUCCCACGGACCAAGCAACAUCAUCACGUGAUCUACUGGAAGGUUUACUGAUCUUGCAGGCGCAGCUUGCUGAAAAGGAGACGGAUUACGUCAGAGAUCUACCUGAAACCAAACAAGCACUUGUUGACCUUACUAGUACUAACGUGGAAGUGAAUGUAACGCAAGUUCUCCCCCACGAAAAGGAGGAGGAUUACACCCCAGGUCAGAAACCGGUAGGUUCCUUGGCAAAACCUGCGCUUGAAACGAGCGAAGUUGUGGUACGCUCUGAAAUAGAAACCGUAAUUCAUGCAGAAGAACUCCUUAAGGAAGAGCCAUUGACUGGCAAAGCGAAACAGUACACGAAACCGUUCAGCGAACUGGUCGUUACCGAAGCAACAGCGACCGAUGUUGAGUCAGACUUGCUCGUGCAUAGAGCGCCGGAUAGUAAAAAUGCUGAGAUCGCAGUUGCUCCGGCACAGUCAACAUCCGUAACAACCGAAACCGUAACGGACGACAAGGAGACUGUGCUCGCUCCUCACUUACAACCCCAAGAAACCAAGGCAAACGUAAACCUAUCAGAGAAAGAGGUGGCUUUAAGUCAAGAAGUUGUCGCUGCUUCUCUGACUGAAGAUUUCAAGCCGGAGGUGAUCAAAGAAGAAAUGGCCAAAACCCAGCAAGACGUACACCAUCACAUCACACAAGCACACAUGGUACCCGCCGAAUUGGAGGACGAGCACUCCGUCGACGUGACACCCGAUCUGAAGCAUAUCACCAUCGAAUUUGAGGAGGGUUCCAGCGUGAUAGUCUCGGAAGUAAAACCACACGAUAAAGAAAAGUCGCUCGAACAUGUUGAACCCGAAACAGUAUUCGGCAAAGCUGAACUGACCCCGUGCGGCACAACCGCGCUGCAGUCGGUGGUAGAAACCGAUGACUCAGCCAAAGACAUAGCGAAAAGCGAAGUGACAAGCGCCACAGCGACUUCCGAGCAAGAGGCGCUCAGAGAGCUAAUAGCUUCCGUUCCAAUUGUUAACGAAAAGGAGGGAUUGUUUGAGGAAGGCAAGCCUACGGGUGUCACCGCCUCCAAGAAUAUAGAGCUGGGCGAAGGGGUCGCGAUUACGGACGUCACGCUGUGCGACUCCGAACACGCUUUAACCAGUGCUUCGGCUCCCGAUCUUCGCCAAGCCGAAGGAAUCGUUGAAGGUCGCGAUAUCGCCGAACAAUUCGAGGCAUUCACCGGUGACGCUUAUAAUAAACUCGACCGGCAAUCGCCGACCAAGGCAGUGGCCACACUUGACCAAUUGGAACAGCAAGGGCUGACUCAGACGCAAAUUAACUUGGGCGAAUCCGAGGCGUCAUUCGAGAAACACCCAAUUCCGGAGUCUAAGUACGGCAGCGUUCAGUUUGAAGAAAUUCAAAUUCCCGCCGUAAACCAAACGGUAACGACCGAAAAGGAGGACGUUUUGAAACAACCAACGGAAAUCGGCGAACAAAAGGCGAGUUUCGACGUCAUCGAACAGACCGUAGCACAAUCAAACGUUGUGACGGCACAAGAUACAACUGGAGACGUGGCGGCCAAAGAGCUGCUCGAAGGACAGGCGAAGGUCGAGCACACGACCUUUAAAGGUCUGAUUCAGACUCAGUCAUCCAUACGCGAGGCGGGUGAAACCUUCGAUGAGUUUCCCCAACGCAGUGAUCAGGCCCAGGUUGAAUUUAUCGAAAGCAAAAGCAUUACCGUUACCCAGGUUACCGAGGGUGACUCCGAAUCGAUAGCUCCCCAAGAUGUAGCGCCCGCAACGCAGAAAGCGAUAACCGAAUUUGAUACCUACGAAACGGCGCAAACUUCGCAAGUGAUUGCUACCGAUGCCGUCAGGAACGUGGAGGUGGAUCUCCCCGAGCAAGUUUUGGCCCAAAGUGACCAUGUGCCUUUCGUCAGUUUGCAGCAGACAGAAACGGUUACAUCGGAACUGGAAGGGAAGGGAGUUGAUCAAAAACAGCCGGAAUCCAAAACCGCCUUGCUAGCCGUCGAUGAAGACCACAGCAUUAUGGUCACCUCAGUUGAGUUACACCAAAAAGAAAGUCCCUUGGCUGACUCGGAAGCGCCAGAAUCGACGGUUGCCAACUUUGAGGUGAUAGGCAGUAAGAUGCUGCCUUCCGUAAUGGAAGUCGCCCUUCAAGCUGCAACAGCAGACUUGGAAAAGGAGCUGAGGGAAAGCGCAACUGCUACCUCAGAGACAAUUCUAAUGGAGACUGUAACGCGAACCGAGGCGGUCGCUGCUGAUAGCGAGACUGUUUUGGAGGAGGAUGUAAAACCGUCUGGCAUUAUAGCGAAUCUCGGUUAUGAGUCAAGAAAGGGAGCCGUGACUUCCGAAAUAACACUUGGCGAAACGGAAGAAGGCUACAAGCCCGAAGUGCUCCCCUUUACUAAAACAGCCAAGGUAGAGAUUGAUGGCGCGCUCUUGGCGCCCGAGCAGCACCUCUCUGAAACCACAGACGGUACAGGCGCAUUAGAACACUCAAAACCGACCGAACUCCAAGCUUCGGAAACUAGAGAAACAGUUGAAGGAGUCGUGGUGUCGGAGAAACACGUUCAGGAGAAAGAGGGAGAUUUCGAUCAGGAGUUCAAGCCCGAUACGUCAAAGGCAAACGUUAACCUGGAGCUGGGGAGAGUCGUUCAAAAUAUCACCGAGAUUGUUACCCAAGACAAGGAAGAGGCGUUUCCCGAUGCGCCCGUGCCACAAGACAAAAAGGCAACACCGAGCGUCGACAAGUACGAGGUGGCCGAAAAUAUAGUGGUCCAGGCGGAAUACUCAACGGCGACCUUGACCGAGGAAGCGAUCAGCAAGUCAACCGCCACCGUGACUCAUACUAUUGUGGAUAGUGUAAUUCAGUCCGAGAGUGACGUGAGAGAGUCGGAAAAGCCGCUAGAUUCGACGACAAAGCUGCCCAAGAAGCUCGCCGAAUGCACGAUUGACGAAGAGAAAGCGGUUACGAUUUCUGAGAUUGUAACGUCGGAGAAGGAGGCUAUGCUGAAGGAAUUAGACGCGCCCUCAACCAGUACUGCUGACUUUGAGGUAACUGGUCACAAAGUGGCGUCGAAUAUUGAGGUUAUAACUGAGAGUGUUGCAAGCGAGUACACUGUCAAGGCUACAGAUGAGGCAACGGCUGAUUUGCAACAGAUACCAAACGAGGCGGUUAUUCAAGUACAUACCAGUGUGCAGGAUAGCGAAAGGCCCUUCGAAGGGAAGCCGAAAGUGGCCGAGAUGACAGCCGAGGUUGGUUUGGAGCACGAGAAGAGCGUUACGGUCUCUGAAGUGCACACGAGUGAAAAGGAGGACAGCUUGAAAGCGCUGGUUGUGCCCGAAGGUACCCAGGCAGAAUUGAGUGUUAGUGAUAAACGUGUCGCGGAGAGUUUUGAGGUGCUUGCGGAGUCGACCAUUGGCAGUUUGGAAGAUCAAAAAGUGCCAGAGUCAACCGCGAAUGUCCAAUAUUCGCCUAUGGACGCAGCGAUUCAGUCGCAGAAUGUGAUACAAGAGGCGGAAUCGCCAUUUAAAGAGGAUUUGAAGCCAGACUUGAAAACGGCGGAUGUGGCGAUUGACCAAGUGUCCGCGAUUGUCACUAAAGAAGUGCUCUCGACUGACAAGGAGGAAGUUUUCGACUCCUCGUUAGUGCUAAACACUACAACAGCGCAAGUUGACGUUGCAACUCAACUGGUCGCGGAAAAAACUGAAGUGCAAACCGAGACAACCACAGCGGAGUACUCCGAAAAAGAUAAAGCUCCAACAAUGACCGCCAAUGUCGAGCAGGAGUUGGGGGAGGGAGUAGUGCAAUCGGAGGUGAACGUGCAUGAAAGCGAGGCACCUUAUAUCCCAUCCAGUACCGAAACCAAGACCGCCUCUUACUCGGUUGAUAAAAUUCAGAGCGUUAUGGUCUCGCAAACUACUCUGAGUGAAAAAGAGGCACCCUUCGACGUUCUUCAAAAACCCGAUGAAGGAUUUGCGCAGUUAAACGUCCUAGGACAAGAGACUGUCGAAAAAUCGGAGGUCUUUGUCGAAACCGCCACGGCCGAGUUGAAAACGGAAGACGUCGACAAGCACACCGUUGAAACCACGCAACUUACAAUUGAAGGCAUCAUUCAGACGCAACCAGUGGUGCGAGAAAGCGAGAACGUCUGGACGCCCGAUGCCAAAACCAUUUCGAAAACUGCAGAUGUCACAGUCGGCGAAGAAGCCAGCGUGAUCAUUUCCGAAAUCGUGACCUCCGACAAGGAGAGCGCGGUAACACUAGAUCAAGCGCCGGCUCUAAGCACGGCAAGCGUCGAUAUUUUAGACCAACGCGUUGCGACCAAAACAGAAGUGCUCACCGAAAGCUCGAUCACGGAACUAGUCGAAGAAGCCGCGGAAACAGUUACAGCGUCCGUAGGGCAAAGGCCCAAGCAAGAGCUGGUGCAGUCCAUCGUGUACUCGCAAGAUUCCGAGGUGCCACUGUCCGAAGGCUUUAAGCCGACCACAAAGCAAGCCGAUUUGAUCGUUGAUCAAAGCGAGGGCAUCACCAUAUCCGAAAUUGUGUCAACCGACAAAGAAACUGCGCUAGACGAGGCGGAACAGGUCGACACAACCACCGCUCAAUUUGAAAUUACCGGCCAAAAUGUCGCACAAAAAUUACAAGUGUUUUCCGAGAGCAACGUGACUGAUUUGGGCGAGUUUGACGCAAGCAAAGUCACGGCGGAACUGAAACAAACACCGAGCGAAGGUGUGAUCCAAACCGAAGUCCAAACGCACGAUACCGAAGCUCCGUACAGCCAAGAUUUGAAAAUAGUAACGAAGGAAGCCGAAGUCUCCAUUGAGCACUCGGAGGGCGUUACCAAGAGCGAGGUGCACGUCGCUGAAAGCGAAAGCACACUCGAGACGACGGAAGUACCCGAAACAACGGUCGCGUCGCUCGACGUUAUCGGCAAAACUGUCGCGCAACAGUCUGAGGUCCGCAGUGAGUUUCUGUUCUCAGAUCUACCAGAAGAGGACGUCAAGAAGGUCUCGGCUGAUUUAAAGCACGUCGAAAGUGAAGGUGUUGUACAGACCGAUAUUGGCGUACAUGAAAAAGAGGGCGAUUUUGUAAAAACCCUUGAGAUGCCCACGAAGCAGGCUGAUCUGCUAGUAAAGCCAGAGGAAAGCCUUGUGGUUUCUGAGGUGGUAGUCAGCGAAGUCGAAGAGAAGUUGGAUGUCAGCCAAAAGCCAACGGGCAUGGUUGCUGAGGUGGAUAUUGUCGAACAGAAAGUAGCCGAGCAUUUGCAAGUACAGACCGCAGCGUCACUGGGAGACUUUACAAGUGAGGAUGUCGGAACGUUUACUGCGACUGUAACUCAAGGUGCUAAAGAGGGAGUGAUGCAAUCACAAGUGACCGUGCAAGAGAGUGAAACGCCACUAGUCGAUAAGCACCCAGCUGACUCAAAGUUGGCCGACAUUGCUGUCGAUGGGGCCGAAACCGUUGUGAUCUCCCAAAUCGUAUCUAAUGAAGCAGAGGACUUGUUCGAGCAACCAAUGCAGCCUGAGGGAAACCAGGCGACUUUAGAAUUCCAAGAGCGGCGAGUCGCAGAGACCACAGAGGUCCUAUCGGCCUCCACAAUAACGAAAUUUACAGAAGAGUCGCCCAACGAAGCAACAGCAGACGUCACACAAACACCAAUUCAAGGGCUAAUUCAUAGCGAGGUUCGCAUUGAGGAAUCCGAGCAAACCUUUACGGGUGAUUUCCAGAAGAUACCCUCAACAGCCGACGUAUCGCUUGAACAAGAGCAAAGCGUAACGAUUUCUGAGGUGGUAUCAAGCGAAAAAGAAGACUUGCUGCAAGAUCUAAAAAAACCAAGCGAGUCUCAGGCGAACGUUGAACUAGCCGGACAGGCGGUUGCAGAAACGACCGUAGUAAAACCGGAAGAAGAUCUGAGGCAAUUAGCGGCAUCAAUCGAAGAAAGCAAAGGUGUUGCGGAAGUCAGUCGAAUCCCCAGUGAAGCUCUGGUGCAAACGGCAAUUGAAGUGCAAACCACAGAAAUGCCCUUCGAUGACAAAUUUACUCCUGCAGUUAAGCAAGCCGACGUAGUUUUGGACGAAGACAAAGGUAUUACCGUUUCUGAAGUCACCCCCAGCGAAAAAGAGGAUCUCUUCGCACCGACUGAAGCGCAAAUAACAGCGAAGGCCGACACGGAGAUUACCGGUCACGUGGUGGGUCAGAGUACCGAAGUUCAGGCCGAAACAGUCGCCUCGGAAUUUUCAAAGUUCGACCUGGAGACGCUUCAGGUGGAAGCCGGCGUCCAGCAAUUACCGCUGGAAGGGAUAAUACAAUCUGAACUGCGCGUACAAGAUAGUGAAAUGCCGUUCACGACUCCUGCAGCGGAAUUUAAGUCGGCCGAUCUAAGCGUUAACCUCGAAGAGAGCGUGAAGGUAACUGAAAUAAUAUAUCAAGAGAAGGAGGCAAGCUUUAAACCGGGCGAAGGCCCAAAGACUGAGCACGCCGAGUUAGAGGUCAGCGUGCAUGGAAUUCCACAGAAAACUGUGGUGGAAACCUCCACGGCACCUGGCGAAUUCAAACCAGAAGUGGUAACGACACAGACAGUGGAUGUUACCCAAACUUCUCUUGAAGGAAUAGUACACUCUGAAGUAAACGUCCAAGAGAAAGAGCAAAUGCUAGCGCCUAAAGAUGUGGAGACCAUGGUGCAAGCAAACAUCGCCAUCGACUUGCAACAGCUAACCACGACGCACGAAAUUGUAAGUCACGACAAGGAAGAGAAAUUCGAAAGUCAACCAUCGGCGACAUCCAUUGCGACUGUUAACGUAGAAGAUCGUAAGAUAGCUGAGACUUACCAGCAAGUGUCAAACGAAAAUAUAACCGACAUGGCCAAAGUAGAAGGACCCUCACCUGGGAGCGCUGAACUCAUACAUGACACGCUCGAUAGCGUCGUACAGACUCAAGCUAGCGUAUCCGAAUCUGAAGGUACCUUCGAAGAGAAGUUCAAACCGGACAGUAAAAUAGCCACUACGAUAUUUGAGGAAAAAACCAGUAUAGAUACCUACCAAACCAUUACCGGCUAUAAAGAAGCGGAAUACACGCCAAGUUCCGCCAAUGUAGAGAUGGCCGAGAAGACCAUUGACACUACCGAGGCAUUAGAACAUCUGCAAGUGCAAACUGGGGAGAAUAUCAAAGAUUUCAUUCCCCAAGAGCAAGCCCUCAGUAUUGCCAAUAUCACGCAAGACUCGCUAAAGACGCUUACCAUGCAAGAAGAAAUGGUUCACGAACGCGAGGGAACGUUUACUAAAGCACCAAGCAUCAGGCACGAAGCUAGCGUUGACUUGGAAGAAAUAGUUUCGUUAAACAUCAGCGAAGUUAUUACCAGCGACAAGGAGACGAGUAUAGUUGAAGAACAAAAACCAGAGGAGAAGCGGGCCGAAUCAGAUGUUGUCCCGUUGGAAAGCGUCCAGAAGCAUGAAAUCCAAGUUCAGCAUUCUACCGAUACUUUGAGCAGAAAAUCGCCACAAAAAGACAUCGCACUUCCAGUGCAAACAAGCUUAGAUACCAUAACCGUCCAGGAAACACAAAUACAAGAAAAGGAAGACACAUUUGAAGAGUCUCCAGUUGGAGAAAGAACGGCGGAAGUGGCAUAUACUCCACAGGAGCACGUCUCGGUAUCAAAAACAAUUACACAUGAGAAAGAAGGCGAGCGAGAACAAGAUAAGGUCCCCGAUUCGGUAUCGGUGACUGCCACAAUUCCCACUCGGGAUAGUGUUCAAACUUCGGAGGUUACAGCGGGGUACAAUGUGGAGGAAUUGAAGCAGCAGGAGCAACCCAGCGAGCUUGCUGGUAAAACUUUGGACGCGCUAGAGACUGUCAACGUCAGUCAGUUAAUAUGCGGAGAGAAAGAGGAAGUUCUAGUGGUAAAAGCCGAUAGAACUGAAACGGCAAAUGUCGAUCUGGAAGCUCCAGAAGAAAGCAUUAUUGUAUCAGAAGUCAAUUUAGGAAGAAAGGAGGACGUGUUCACACCAUCGUCUCCCGCUUCAAACGUAGCCCAUCUGACAAUAUUAGACAAUGUGUCAACACAACGCUCCGAAGUGGAAACCUUAGACACGUUGAAGGAGAUGGUCGACAAAUCCCAACCGGCUUUGGCUCACGCAGUUAAGAAGCACGACACUAGGGAAGGUGUCAUUCAGACAACCACAUCAGCAAGUGAGAAGGAGGAGUAUUACGAUGUGAAGCCGGAAAGCUCGCAAACUGCAAGUACGACUGUAACCUACCAAGAAGGUAUUAAAGUGACGGAAAUUACCCCCAUUGAAAUGGAGAGCGAAAAAUUGAUCUCUGGGACGGCAUCAACAGAAAUUGCCCAAAAGCAAACGCCUAAAUCAUACGCAGCCAUACAAGAGCAAGUUAUUGAAAUGCAAGCGGAAGGCACGUACGUGCCAGAUAAGUUGCAAGAAUCUUCGGCGAAAACCACAAUAACCGCAGAGAAUUAUGGCGUAAUAGUCACCGAACACACAUCAACGGGUGAGCUCGAAUCUGUACUAAGCGAACAAACACCUCACAGCAAACAGUUAAGAAUGGCCCUAGAAGACCACGACAGCAGUCUCCAAGUAACGGAAGUAAUACCAAACGUACGCGAAGCUGAAGAACAACCAGUGAUUACAGAACUUCCUAGCGACGAAGAAACAAUUACGGUAAGUGUAGACGAUGAAGAAGCGACUACGCCAGAUCGAAAGAAGAAAGUGAAACGCAUAAGAAAAGUGAAGAAACCAACCGCGGAAGAGAAAGAAGAAAUAACCGAAGAAGAAAAGCCAGUUGUUCCAAAACCCGAGAAGAAGACAAAACCGCUUCCCCAGAAGGUUGCCCUAAUGGACGUUGAAAUGAAGACAAUGAAACCGCAAAAAUUGGUGAUAACGCAACAGGAAAACAAACCCAUUAAUCUUGCCGACAUAAAGCUACGCAAACCGAAAGUUCCAGAAAAGAAAGACGCCAAACGUGUGAAGCUCCCGAAGUUCAUGUUAAAGAGUCGCAUCAACUUUAUCAAUUUCCCGCCAAAUUCCGAAAUCGAAAAGCGAGGAGUUGUUUCGGAAUUGAAGCCGGUUAUCAAAGACGCUGGCGUGCUAUCUCGAAACCUGAAAGAAGCAGAUGAAGUUCUGAAAACCAAAAAGAGGCGCCUAAAGGCGGGCAAGAAGGGCACCGAUGAAUUGGAGAAGGUCGACAGUCUUGAAGAUGAUUCGGAGAAACCCGAAUUGGAGAAGGUGGAUGAGUUGUUCAAAUACCAAAGGAAGCCAAAGGAAGUAAAGGAUGUUGCACCCGAGGAGGCCAAGAAACUUGUGAUUGGAAAAGGUAAAGUGCCGGAAGGAGAGGAAGAGCCUGAGGUUGUCAAAUUAAAGAAGAUUCCUCAGAAACCGCAAGAAACUGUUGAGGCCACUGAUAAAGUGCCUAAGAAAGACAAGGUGCCAGAUAAAAAGAAGCCGGAAGUAACCGAGGGUGAGUCUCCUGAACUCUCUCCAUUCGAGCCCUAUGAUAUUGAACGGCCAGAUCGCGAUACUCUCGAAUUAGAAAAGCCAGAGCUGGAGGAGGAGGAAAAACCAAAACCAAAAGAGGAAAAAGUACCAAAACUCAAGGAAAAGAAAAAGAAGCCUAAACCUGAAACCGAAGAAUCCAAAUUGAUUAAGGGAGUACCCAAGCCCAAGGACGAGGAAGAAGAAGAUGAGGUUAAAUUCAGAAUUCCCAAAAGAGAUGCCCCCGAAGAAGAGAUAGAGAAAGUCAAACUGAAACCAUUUGUCAAAGAAGAUGAGGGUGAAGAUGAACAGGCCGCCCCUGAUGUAUCCCUAGUGAUGCCCAAACCUAUACCGACAACCGAACCGGAAGAAUCAACCGAAGACCGUCAGCCCACAAAGGUUACCAAAAUCAAAAAGAUCAAAAAAGUUAAAAAGAAGGGAAAGGGUGACGAUGAAGUAACAGCUAAGGAAGGCGAGGAUGUGGUACUUCAAGAAGAAGGCGAAGAUGAGGUACUGACAAUUGAAGAAGUGACAGAAGUCCUUCCCACUGAGAAAUCAGAGGAAGAGCCGGUUCCGUCACUUGAGAAAGAAGAAGAAGUACCAACUGAGCAACACGAAUUAGCUCCAGAACCUGAAGAGAUCCCAACUGACGAAAAGCAAACCAAGAAGGUUAUUAAAGUUGUUAAAAAGAAGAAAGUGAAAAAAGAAGGCGUCGAAGAAGAAACGACUAAAGGUAAGCCCAAGCCCAUACUCAUGACACUAGAAACGGUAGAAGUUAAACCACAAAAACUUGUCAUAAUUGUACAAAAAGACGAACCAAUAAAGUGGGAAGAAAUUAAGUUGAAGAAACCAACGGUGCCAAAGAAGAAAGAGAUCAAAAGCGUGAAGCUCCCCAAAUUCCUACUCAAGAGCCGAAUCACCCACAUCGACUACCCACCCCAGCUACUCAUCCCAAUAAUUAAGGAGUUAGCGCCGGCGAUUCGCGAUAGUGGAGUACUCUCCAGAAAUAUCGAAGAAGCGGAAGAGGUGGUGAAGAAGAUUAAAAAACUCAAACUAAAAGUCAAGCAUCUGGAGAAGCUUGACCAGGAAAUGGAAGAUUUGAAAAAAGAUUUGGAGAAAGUUGACGAGAAGUUUAAAUACGAGAAGAAACCGAAGAAAGAGGCGAAGCCAAUCAAAAUGCAAAUAGAGAGGUGGGAAGUGAAACCGCAGAAAGUGGAGGUGGUGAGCGUGGCGGAACUACCGGCGAAAGUCGAAGAAGUCAAACUGAAAAAACCGAAAACGGUCAAAAAGACGGAAAUCGAUACUGUCAAAUUGCCCAAGUUUUUGCUGAAGAGUCGCAUUCAGUUUGUGAAAUUCCCGCCCGAAACAGAAUCUCAAAGAAUGCCCGUGAUAACAACUAUAACGGUGAUUAAAGACAACGGGGUUAUAUCUAGGAAUGUCGAGGAAGCCGCGAAAAUUAAAAAGAAAAGGAUACCAAAGAUCAAAGACAAGGAUGAAAAAAUGCCCGAACUCGAAAAACUAGAUUUGGAAAUGGAGGAGUUAAAGAAGAAAGAGCUAGAGAAAGUUGACGAUCAAUUCAAAUACGAAAGGAAACCGAAAAAAGCCGUAGAGACGGAAGAGGAAGAAGUUAAGAAACUCAAAAUAGGCAAAGGAAAGAUUCCGACUACUGAAGAACAGCUGGAAACGGUAAAGCUAAAGGCAAUACCGCAGAAAAAACCCGAAACUGUCGAAGACGAGAAGGUGGUAGCUAAAAAACCGAAACCCGAGGGAGUUGAGGUCAAGGAAACGUCUCCUGAGGCGAAACUAGAAAUGCCACGAUUUGAGCCCUAUGAUAUAGAACGAGACGAUCUCGAGUUAGAAGAGCUGGAAAAACCAGAGAUAGAGCCCAAAGAUAAAGAAGGCAAGGAAAAGGUCGUGAAGAAAAUUCGAAAGGUUAAACCGAAGAAACCGGAACCAGAAACGGUGGAGAUACCUUUGGAAAAAGGCAAACCAAAACCAAAAGAGGACGAAGAAGAAGUGACCAUUAAACGCCGAAUUCCCCAGAAGGAUAAAGAAGACGAGGAGGAAGAGAAGGUAAAACUCAAACCGUUCGUAAAGGAAGCUAGUGAUGAAGGUGAAAAACCGGAUAAAACAGUUGAACUCGCCCCUAUCAAACCAAUUCCGUCGGGAGACCGCGAGGAUGAAUUGCCCAAAGAUGAGGUGCCAGAAACGGAAAAACGGAAAAAGAUUAGGAAGAUCAAAAUAAAGAAGAAAGGCGGAGACGAGGUUGAAGAAGUUAAGGACGAAGGUGAGGUUCCUACCAUAGAAUCUGAGGACGAAGUUCCCUCUUUAGAAGAAAAGCCUGAGGAUGAAUCAAUACCCGAGGUAGAAGAUAAAAAGUCAGAGUCACUAGAAGAAAUUCCCAUAAGCAAAGUGUCGAAGACUAAAAAAAUCAUAAAGAGGAAGAAAAUCAAGGGGGUGGAAGAUAAGGACCAGGAAGAAGUUCCCGAAGAAGAAAUCGAAAAACCGGAAGAAAAGGAGGAAGUGAAGAAGAAGCCGAAACUUAUGAAGCUUGAAGUGACAGAAGUUAAACCUCAGAAAGUAAAAGUGGUGGAAGCAAAGGAUGUGCCCAAUGAAUUGGCCAAGAUUACACUUAAAAAGCGAGUCAUCCCUAAAGUCGAAAAGAAGGAAAAGCGAAUGCCAAAAAUGCUGCUAAAGAGUCGCAUAACCUUCAUCACCGUCCAAGAAAUCAGAUAUCCCACAAUUAAAGAAUUAGAAACAAUCAGAGAUGCCGGAAUCUUAUCCAGGAACGUAGAAGAAGCUAUCAAAAUAGUCAAAAUUAAAAAACGCAAGUUUAAACCGGUCGACAAGGAAAUUACUGAUCUGGAGAAACUCGACCAAGAGUUCGACGAACUGAAGAAAAAAGAACCGGAACAGGUAGAUGGUGACCACAAGUAUACAAGAAAACCGAAAAAGGUUCCCGAAGAAUCCGAGGAGAAAAAGAGCCUCAAGAUAGGAAAAGGAAAAAUUCCGGAGGCAGUAGAUGAAGUGGAGACUGUUACGUUGAAAAAGAUACCACAAAAAGAGCCCGAAAAAGAUGAAGAUUCAGAUAAGAAGGUAAUUAAGGAUGAGGUGGCGGAAGUAGAAAAGAAGAAAGUGCCGGAAGAGGAUGUUGAAAUGGAACCAUUCAAGCCGUAUGACAUUGAUAAAGAGGAAACGGAGAAAGAAAAGCCAGAAAAAGUUAAAAUUAAGAAAAAGAAACCUAAAGCUCCUCUUCAAGUUGAGGAUGAAGACAAGCCUGUUGAUGAGGAGAAAGAAGUUGACAAACCAGGUUUGCCAGAAGUAGACGAAAUUGAAGGCGAGGAAAAUAAAUUGAAGGUGGAAGUUGAAGAAGAUAAACAGAAAGUUACAGAGGAGACGCCAGUUAUCGAAACAGUUGAGGGAGAGAAAAAAGUUAAAAAAGUGAAGAAAAUCGUUCGAAAGAAAGGGGAUGAUAAGGUGGAGACAAUAGAAGGAGCUGAAACAAUAGAAAUAACUGAAGGCGACGAAGUGCGAGAAAAGUCAAUUGAUGAGAUUAUCGAAAUUGAAGAAGUUGAAGCAGAAAAGACCACAAAGAAAGUGAAGAAAGUUAAGAAAGAAAAGCCUAAGAUUGACGAAAUUGAAGCAACUGAAGUUGUACAAACAGUAACUGAGGAAGAAAAACCUAUCCCAGAGGAAGGAGAAAAGGAGACUCCUGUGAUAGCUACAGAAGAAGUAGUAAUUAAAAAGAAAAUUAAAAAGAAACCUAAGGAUAAAGCCAAAGAUGAGUCCAUUGAAAUCAUAGAGGAAGAAGAAAUCGUUCAAGAAGAGGAAGAGAAACCACAGAUCCAAAAAGAAGAUCUAAUCGAAACGACUGAAGAAAUUACAAUAAAAAAGAAAAUUAAACGAAAACCUAAGGGCGUUCCAACAGCGGAGGAAGAAAAAGAGGUUCCUACAGCAGAUGAAGAUGAAAUAAAACCAGAAGAAAAACUUGAGCCUAAAAAACUUGAGGCUAAAAAAGCAAAACCGGAACUGCAAACUAUCGAAAGAAAAGAAAUAAAACCGCAAAAAAUGAAAAUAGUUGAAGCAAAAGAUGCUCCCGCUGAACUCGCAUCUAUUAAGUUAAAGAAAAGAACCACCCCUGAAAAGAAAGAAGUUAAAGAAAGCAAACUACCCAAGUUUAUGUUAAAAAGCAGAAUCAGACACGUGGACUUCCCACCUCUUUCGGAAAUUCUUCGGGAACCAAAGAUUACGAUACUCCAAACGAUUAGAGGAAAUGGGGAAUUAUCUAGAAAUGUUGAGGAGGCUAUAAAGCUAAUAAAGAAGAGAAGACCAAAAAUAAAGGACGUCGACAAGGAAAUUCAAGAUUUAGAAAAAUUGGAUGUUGAAUUAGAAGCGCUUAAGAAGGACAAACCGGAAGUGGUUGACGAAGACUACAAAUAUCAAAAACAACCAAAGGUAAAGCCCGAAGAAAAAGAGGAAGAGAAAAAGACGAUUAAAAUUGGAAAAGGAAAGAUUCCAAAGGUCGACGAGGAAGGUGAAGUGGUUAAAUUAAAGAAAAUUCCCGAAAAACCACAAGAGACGGUUGAAGAUGCUGAGAAGAAACCCGCCCCCAAAGAAAUUGAGGAGGAGAAACCCAAACCUCAAAAGCCCGAAGAAGAUGAUCAAUUUGGUAAAUUUAAACCCUAUGAUAUCGAAGCUCCGGAUCGAGAGGUAGAAGAACCGGAACAUGUGGACUUGGAUUCUAAAGGUAAAGAACCCGUGCCUAAACGUAAGGCAAAGAGUAAGAAACCAAAAGCCCCGGUAGAUGAGGUUCCGGUCAAGGACGAGCAGCCUGAAACAAUAGAGGGAGAGGAUAAAGUGGAUACUGAAGAAAAUGCCGAAGUCGUAACACCUGCGAAAGAAAUCAUACCAGAAGAAGGUAAACAGGAAGGUCCAGAAAAGGUGGAGGAGAAAGAAGAAGUGCCAUCUGUCAAAGAAGUAGAUCAAACCGUGGAGACUACAGCGGAUGAGAAGAAACCUAAGAAAGUUAAAAAAAUUGUCAAAAAAGUCAAAGGUAAAGAAGGUGAAACUGUGGAGCAAGUAUCUCAGGAAUCAGCCCCGGUAUUAGAAGAAGUUGUGGAAAAGAAAGAGGAAGAGGUGGCACUGCCAACAGUAGAUGAUGAAUCAAAACCAGAAGAAGUAGAGAAACCGAAAGCGAAGGUGCCCAAAAAGGUAAAGCCUAAAGCUGACAAAGGUAUUUCAGAUUCCGAACAAGCACCGUCAGAACCAAUCCCUCUGGUUGAAGACCAACAGGUACAAGAAGAAGUAAAAGCCGCUGCUAUACCAGGUAAGGGUCUAGUAGAUGAGGUACCACUAAUUAUUUCUGACGAAGAAACAAUAACAGAAACCACUGAACAAUUACAUUCAGAAACAGACCAAAAACCUACACAAGAAAUACUCAAAACCAAAAAAAUAAUAAAGAGAGUCUCUAAAAAGAAGGUUCCAAAGCCCGAAGAUGUUCCGCAAGUUGAAGAUUCCGUUGAAGACCAGCCCAAGGUAGAAGAUGAAGAAGCUCCAGCUGAGAUCAUUAGCGAAGAGACAACUGUGGAGGUUAUCAAGAAAAAGAAAAAGAUUAAGGUGCCUAAAGAGAAAGACGAAUCAGAGGUUCCAAAGCCAGUGGAAGAUGAAAUUGUUUCUGAAGAGGUUACAAUUGAGGAAGAUAAAGAAGAACCUGAAAAACGUCUGAAGAAGAAACGUAUAGUAAAAAUAAAAAAGAAGGGAGAGUUGCCGCAGGAUGAAAUAGUAGAAGAGAUCACCGAAAUUGAAGAAGUAAGCGUCGAGAAACCUGUUAAGGUGCUGCCUCCAAAAAUGAAAAUUGAAAGAAAAACGCUUAAACCUGAAAAGUUGGAAUUUGUGGAAGGCAAAGAUCUUCCUGCUAUGCUUCAAGCUAAGCAGCUAAAGAAACGGCCAAUACCGGAAAAGAAACCCGUGAAGGGUGUCAAAUUACCCAAAUUUUUGUUGAAGAGUCCUAUUAGGUUUGUCCAAUUCCCAUCACAACCCGAAAUUUACAAGGUUCCGGUAAUUUCCCAACUGAAAACAGUGAAGGAUAACGGGGUUUUGUCCCGGAAUGUGGAGGAAGCGAUAAAGGUCAUCAAGUUGAAGAAACCGAAAGUGAAAGACAUACACAAGGAAUUGCAAGAACUCGAGAAAUUGGAUACGGAGUUUGAGGAACUGAAGAAAGAUCAACCUGAAAAAGUUGAUGACGAAUACCGAUAUGAAAGAAAACCCAGAAUACCAUCAGAAAAGUCGGAAGAAGAACCGAAAACUAUCAAGCUUGGCAAAGGGAAGGUACCUCAACCUGAUGAAGAAAUUGAAACCGUUAAGCUUAAGAAGGUUCCACGUGAACAGCCGACUGCUGAGGACGCGUCCGAGAAAAAGCCAAAAGAGGAAGCUGUUAAGGAAUCGGUUAAACCUGAGAAGAAAGUAGAAGACGUUCCCGAAAUGGCGCCGUUUGAACCUUUUGAUAUUGAGAGAGAAGAAACCCCAUUGGAAAAACCGGAAACAGAAGAAGUAGAUAAAUCAAAACCCAAAACUAAAGUAAUUAAAAAGGUUAAGCGUGGAGGUAAGAUAGAAACACCCGACGUUGAAGAAACACCAUUAGAACCUCUUCCUACAGUGGAAGAUGAGGCAGCACCGGAAGCAGUCGAAGCAGCUACUACGCCUGAACAAGCUGUAGAGGAAGCAAUGGAACCCAUUGUUAUUAGUGACGAGGCCAAACCUGAAGAACCCAAAAAAGAAGAAGAACUCGAAGAAGAAAUAAUUAAAACUAAAAAGGUAACAAAGAAAGUGACUAAAAAGAAGGUUCCCAAACCUGAUGAUGUGCCACAAGUUGAAGAUUCCGUUACUCCAAUCGAAGAAGUACAAGAAGAAAUGCCUAAAAAGGACGAGGUUACUCCAGAACAGCCAAUACUCGAGCAAGAAACAGAAACUCCAGCCGAAAUCGCCGUAGAAGAUAAACCAACAGAGCCAACAACAGAAAUUAUCAAAAAGAAAAAGAAAAUUAAGAUUCCUAAAGCUAAGGAUGAAACUCCGAUCGAGGAAACUACAGAGGUCUUGCCCGUUGAAGAAGAAAGUAUUACGGUAGAUGAAGUUAAAGAAGAAGUGAAGGAAGAGAAGGAAGAACACGAGCCGGAAAAGCACCUUAAGAAGAAACGCAUAGUCAAAAUUAAAAAGAAAGGAGAGUUACCAAAAGAAGAAGUAGAAGAAAUAAUCGAGACUGUAGAUGUAGAAGAAAAAAUCGAGAAACCCGUUAAAGUUCUGCCUCCAAAAAUGAAGAUUGAAAGAAAAACACUCAAACCGGAAAAGGUAGAAUUCGUGGAAGGGAAAGAUCUUCCGGCCGUGCUACAAGCGAAGCAGCUAAAGAAACGACCAAUACCCGAAAAGAAACCCGCCAAGGGUGUCAAGUUGCCCAAAUUCUUGCUAAAGAGUCCAAUUAGGUUUGUCCAAUUCCCAUCUCAGCCAGAAAUAUACAAACUUCCAGUGAUUUCGCAAAUGAAAACCAUCAAGGAUAACGGAGUGUUGUCCAGGAAUGUCGAAGAAGCGGCGAAAGUGAUCAAAAUGAAGAAACGGAAAAUUAAAGAUAUACAUAAAGAGUUGACAGAUCUGGAGAAGUUAGAUACAGAGUUCGAGGAACUGAAAAAGGAGCAACCGGAAAAGGUUGACGACGAAUACAGAUAUGAAAAGAAACCUAGAAAACCAUCGGAGAAAACUGAGGACGAAGCGAAAACUAUAAAGAUUGGCAAAGGUAAAGUGCCGCAGGCUGAUGAAGAACUAGAAACCGUACAACUGAAGAAGACCCCGAGAGAACAGCCGACUGUAGAAGACAGUGCUGAAAAGAAACCAAAAGAAGAAAAGGUGAAAGAACAAGUAAUGCCUGCCGAAAAAGAAGAAGAAGUUCCGGCGCUUGCUCCUUUCGAACCGUUUGAUAUUCCGCGAGACGAAACCGAGUUGGAAAAACCAGAAACUGAAGUGAUAGAUAAACCGAAGCCCAAAACUAAAGUAACAAAGAAAGUGAAACCUGUCGCCGAGAAGGACGCAGCGGAAGCCGAAACUUCGCCAUUGGAACCUCUUCCCACCGUAGAAGAUCAGCAAAUACCGGAACAGGUCGAAGAAUCUAAGCCACCUGAAAAGGACAUGCCGGAUGUAGUAGAAAUAACUGUGGUUGAACAAGAAGAAAAACCUGCCGAUGUACAGAAGGAAGAAAAGCCCGAAGAGGAGACUAUUAUAACUAAAAAGGUAACAAAGAAGAUCAUCAAAAAGAAAAUUCCUAAACCUGAAGACGCUCCCAAAGUCGAGGAGAUACAGGAGGUGCCCCAAGUCGAAGAGGUACAGGAGGAGUUGCCCAAAGUAGAGGAAGAGGUUAUUCCCGAAGAGAAAGAGAUUCCUGAAGACAAACCUGUAGAACCUACACCGGAAGUUUCUAAAAAGAAGAAAAAGGUUGUAAAACCGAAAGUCAAAGAAGAAGCUUUGGAGGAUUCCAAACCAGAAGUAGUGCCAUUAGAAACAGACGUUGCUCCUGAAGUAGAGGUAAAGGAAGAAAUUAUAGAAGACAAAGAAGAACCAGAAAAACAUCUCAAGAAGAAGCGCAUUGUAAAAAUAAGAAAGAAGGGAGAAGUGCCACAAGAAGAAGUUGUAGAAGAGAUAACUGAGGUUGAAGAAGUAGUCAAGAAACCUAAGAAAGUGCUUCCUCCGAAAAUGAAGAUUGAAAGAAUAACGCUUCAGCCGGAAAAAGUAGAAUUUGUAGAAGGAAAAGAUCUUCCAGCCGCAUUGAAAGCUAGAGAGAUAAAGAAGCGGCCCAUACCAGAAAAGAAACCGGCAAAGAGUGUCAAACUGCCCAAAUUUUUGUUGAAGAGUCCCAUUAGGUUUGUCCAAUUUCCAUCGCAACCCGAAAUUUAUAAGGUUCCGGUAAUUUCCCAACUGAAAACGGUAAAGGAUAACGGAGUCCUCUCCAGGAAUGUCGAGGAAGCGGAGAAAGUCAUCAAAAAGAAAAAACCAAAAGUGAAGGAUAUACACAGGGAGUUGCAGGAGCUGGAGAAAUUAGACACGGAGUUUCACGAAUUGAAGAAAGAUCAACCGGAAAAGGUCGACGACGAAUAUCGUUACGAAAAGAAACCCAAAAAGGCGACGGAAAAACCUGAAGAGGAAAAGAAGGAUAUCAAGAUCGGUAAAGGUAAAGUGCCGCAAGUUGAUGAAGAAGUUGAAAAUGUCAAAUUGAAGAAAACGCCCAAGGAGCAGCCUACUGCCGAAGACAGUUCGGAGAAAAAGCCAAAGGAAGAAACCGUGGUUGAACCAGUUAAACCUCAUAAAGUGGAAGAGGAAGAACCAAAGUUGGCGCCAUUCGAACCUUAUGAUAUUCCACGCGACGAAGCGGAGUUAGAGAAACCGGAAUUAGAAACCAUAGAUAAAUCAAAACCUAAAACCAAGGUGACGAAGAAAGUAAAGACUCCCAGUGAACAAGAUGUAACCGACGCAAAAGAGGUACCUUUAGAACCUUUGCCUGUUGUAGAAGAUCAAAAAGUGCCGGAAGAAAUCAUAGAAGAUCAGAAAGUACCGGAAGAAAUCAAAGCACCCACAGUACCUGAAAAGGAAGAGGAAGAUAUUCCGAAAACGAUUGUGGUUGAGGAAGAAGCUAAGCCUGAUGAUCUCGAAGCAGAGAAAAAACCAGAAGCAGAAAUUGUUAAAACCAAAAAGGUAAUAAAGAGAGUCACUAAAAAGAAAAUACCGAAACCCGAGGAACAACCCAGCGUAGAAGAUUCAUCUGUGCCAAUUGAAGACGCCAAAAUCCCCGAAAGUGAAGUGCCUCAACCUGUGGAAGAGGUUCCAAUUGAAACUGUUUCCGAACAAAAGGAAGAAAUAAUCGAACAGCCUCAGGAAGAAGUCGUUACUAAGCCGAAGAAGAAAAAGAAAGAGGAAAAGCCUGUCGAUAAGGCUGAGCAGGUACCUGAACAGAAAACAGAGGAGGAAAAACCUGCCGAAAUGGUAGAAGAAGAAGCUAAGCCCGAGCCUAAACCGGAAAGUACCGAAGAACCAGAAAAGCCCACCGUUGCGGAAAUCGAAAAGAAAACCGAAGAAGUAACUGAAACACCAGAAGCCGUUCCAGAUAAAGUCGUCAAACCAAAGAAAAAAGAGAUUUCUGCAAAGAAAGAUGAAAAGCCUAAGAAACCUAAGAAAGUAAUGCUGAAGAGCAGGAUGACUUUGAUCAACUUCCCACCAGCGCCCGAAAUUGAAAAGAUUCCUAAAGUUUCGGAGCUGAAAACUAGCAGAGGUAAAGGCGAACUAUCCAGAAAUAUACAAGACGCCGAGAAAAUAUUAAAAACAAAACCGAGAAAACUGAAGGAUAAAGACGAACCCAAAGAAAUUCUGGAGCAACUUGAUAAGGAGUUUGAGGAAGUGAAAAAACCGGAAUUGGAAAAAGUGGAUGACCAAUACAAGAAAAGGAAACCAAAAGAGGAACUUAAGGAGAAAAAGGCGCUAAGUGUUGAAACGGUUGAAAGUGAAGAUACACUACAACUAAAAGAAGAAAUUCCGGCAGUUGAUAAGCCCAAGAUUGUGGAAGAAGUUGAUAAACCGACAGCAGUGGCAGAACCAAUGCCGCAAGUUGAGGAACCUAAAGUUGUGGAAGAAGAAAAAGUUAUAAAACCAGAGACCCCGCUGCCUGCGGAGACGGUGGUGAAAGAAGUUGAAGAACCGAAAGAGAUCGCUGACAAAUCCUUGCCCGAAGUCUCUAUUGAAGACAAAAAAGAGGUCAUAGAACAGGAGCCACUGCCAGAGGUUAAAUCAGAGGAGGAAGUUAAACCGGAAGAUUUAAAACCUGAAGCAGAAGUACCGGUAGUUGAUAAGGUUGAGGAUAAAAAAGAUAAAAAGGUCAAAAAGGUGCGGAUUAAAAAACCGGAGGCGGUCAUAGUGGAUGAAACGGUUGAGAAGGUGGAAGAAGUAAUCAAAGAAGUUGAGCCUGUACCAGAAGAAAAACCGAAACCGAAGGAGGAAGUAACAGUAACUGAAGAAGAAAAACCAGCACCGAUAGAAAAAGAGAAACCAACUGAACCAAUACGAGAGAGACCGAAAGCUUCCCCUAUAACAGUUGAGCGAGUGGAAUUAAAACCAUGUCUUCUACAAAUAACUGAUGUUACACCAAAACCAUUGAGCGCUACAAUCAAAGAAGUAAAGGCAAAGGUCACGAAGAAGAGGGUGUCGUUUGGUAAAUUACCGAAAUUCUCGCUAAAAUCUAGGAUGACGAUUGUCGAAUUUCCACCAAAACCGGAAAUGGAAAAAGUCGCAACAAUAAAAGAGAUACAACCAGCCAUAAAGGAUAAUGCGGUACUUUCUCGCACUAUUAAAGAAGCAGAAAAAGUGAUUAAAAAACGACCAAAGAAACCUGAAUUGGAUAAACUCGAACAGCUUGACAAGGAGAUGGAGGAACUGAAGAAAAAGGAACGUGAGACGGUUGACGACGCAUUUAAAGAAGUUAAACCAAAACUUGUAAAGGAAAAACCGGUGAAGAUGAAGAUCGAACGGUGGGAAGUCAAGCUCGAGAAACCCAAAAUUGAAGUGAUCACCGAAACUCCAAUUAAUCUUGGUGAUAUUAAGUUGAAGAAGAAGGAAGCUCCCAAGAAAGACGAUGUUAAAAGUGUCACACUGCCCAAAUUCCAACUGGCCAGUCGAAUCGAAUACAUCACCUUCCCACCACUGUCUGAAAUACUCAAGCAACCCAAGAUCGACCAACUGGAGCCGGUCAGGGGUAACGGAGAGUUGUCUCGUAAUAUUAAAGAGGCUGAGAAGAUUAAGAAGAAGAAGAUACCGAAGAUAAAGGAGGUCGAGGAUGAUCUGAAGAAGUUAGAGGAACUGGAUCGAGAAAUGGAGGAACUCAAAAAGAGAGAAAAAGAGAAGGUUGAUGACCAAUUUAAAUACGAGCGUAAACCCAAAGAAAAACCGAAGGAAGAAGAGGAUGAAACGCAAAGCCUAAAGAUAGGAAAAGGUAAAAGGCCAGAAGACGCGGAAUCUGAACCAGAGGAGAUCAAACUGAAGAAGGUUCCGGAAAAGAUUCCUGAAGUGGUGGACGAGAAGAAAGAUGUUACUCCGAAGAAAGACAUAGACGAUAAACCCAAAGAUGUAAAGGUUGAGGAAAAGGAAACGCCCGAUAUAGCUCCCAUUGAGCCGUACGAAGUAGAGCGCCAGGUUCCACAGGAGCUAGACGAGGGUAUCUCUGAUGAGAGAAAGGAAGAUGAGGAAGUACCCGUUGAACAAGUAAUCAAAAGACCAAAGCCGAAAAAGGAAGUUCCCGACGAAGAUAAGGAGGAAGUUACCAUUAUACCCGGUAAACCAAAAGACACAGUCGAACCGGAACCUACAGAAACAAAGUUUAAGGUUCCCGAUAAGAAAGAGGACACCAAAAAGGAUUUAGAAGAAAAGCCUAAGGAUGUCGCGACCGUUGAAGCGGAGGCGGAAAAGAAAGACAAGGUUGAAGACAAGCCCGAGAUACCCAAAGAAGAAGAUCAAAGUGAAACGGAAAUUAAAACAAUUACCCGUAAAUCGGCGAAAAAGGUCAAGAAGCGGCCCAGCACUGAGAGUGUCGAGGAUGAGGCUAAGCCGCAGCCGGAAGCUGAUGAACCCGGUAAAGAGGCGCCCGAGGUCUUUACCAUCAAAAGAAAAGAAAAGAAGAAAGAAGUCGAAGAAGAAGAGCCGGCGACUGUGGUAUUAACAAAACCUGAGGUGCCUGUAUUACGCGAAGAAGAAGAGGCGGUUGCAGAGUCGAUUGUGAUCAAGAAACCAAAGGUCAAAAAGGUCGAAGAAAGCGUUCCAGUCGAGUUGAAGGUUACCAUAACUGAAGAGCCAGAAGAAAUCACAGUACACGAUGAAACUGAAUCACAUAAACCCACAUCUGAAAUAACAAUUACACCAAUACAAAAGCCAGAUGAGGGGGUACCUCAGCCUGAAGAAGCAGACGCUGCCGAGGUGACAAUCAAGCCUAAACGCAAACCGAAACCGGUGACGGUCGAAGAGGAAGAAGUCCCGAAACCGGCCGAAGUGGAGGCUACCGAACCGGCAGCCGAAGUUACAAUCAAGCCAAAACCGAAACCAAAACCCGAUGAAGGUGCCGAUGAGGUAUCGAUAAAGAAAGUGGUAGUUAUCGAACCGGAAGCGGUUGAUGAAAAACCUGAGACUAUCGAAGCGGUUGAGAAACCAAAAGACAAAGAAGCUGAGGUGACACGUAUCGAAGAACCAGAAGAAAUCACAGUACACGAUGAAACUGAGACACAUAAACCCACAUCCGAAAUACCAAUUACACCAAUACAAAAACCAGACGAAGGGGUGCCUCAACCUGAAGAAGCAGAUGCCGCCGAGGUGACAAUCAAACCUAAACCAAAACCGAAACCCGUAACCGUGGAAGAGGAAGACGUCGCGAAACCGGCCGAAGUGGAGGCUACCGAACCGGAGGCCGAAGUGACAAUCAAGCCUAAACCGAAACCAAAGCCCGAUGAAGGUGCCGAUGAAGUAUCGAUAAAGAAAGUGGUAGUUAUCGAACCUAAAGAAGCGGAUGAAAAACCUGAGGUUAUUGAAGCGGUUGAGAAACCAAAAGAUAAAGAAGCUGAGGUGAAAAAGAUUGAACCGGAAGAAAUCACAGUACAUGAUGAAAGUGAAUCACCUAAACCCACAACCGAAGUAACAAUUACACCAAUACAAAAACCAGAUGAAGGGCCUAAAGAAAUAGAGGCAACCGAACCGGUUCCAGAGGUAGCAGUAAAACCUAAGACCAAACCGAAACCUGAAGUUGAAGAAGAACAAGUGCCCAAACCAGACGAGGUGGAGGCUGCCGAGCCGGCUGCUGUAGUUACUAUUAAACCCAAACGCAAACCACAGCCAGACGAGGGUGCCGACGAAGUAACGAUUAAAAAGAUUGAAGUUGUAAAACCUGAAGAAGAAAGCGUGGAGACUGUCGCUGAGGUAACAGUUAAACCCAAACACAAACCGAAGCCGGAUGAAGAUGCCAAAGAGGUGACAGUUGAGAAGGUCGAGGUUAUUAAACCAGAGGAAGAGGUAGUGGAACCCGCUGCUGAAGUUACGGUUAAACCUGAGCCCAAGCCGAAACCAGAUGAAGCCGAUGAUGAGGUAACCGUUAAAAAGAUUGAAAUUGUAAAACCAGAAGAAGUAGAGGAAGCAGAGCCAGUACCUGAGGUUGUAGUCAAACCUAAACGCGAAUCAGAACCAGAGAAGGGAGCCGAGGAAGUCGUAAAACCGAAAGAAGUUGAGGGUGCGGAACCGGUUGCUGAAGUGACAAUUAAACCGAAACGCAAACCGGAGCCAGAUGAAGGUGCCGAUGAAGUCACAAUUAAAAAGGUCGAGAUCGUAAAACCUGAAGAAGAAAGUGCCGAACCCGUUGCCGAGGUUACGCUUAAACCAAAACGCAAACCAGAACCAGACGAAGGUGCUGAUGAGGUAACGAUCAAAAAGAUUGAAAUUAUAAAACCUGAAGAAGUAGAAGGGGCAGAGCCAGUUGCUGAUGUGACAAUUAAACCUAAACGUAAACCGGAGCCAGAUGAAGGCGCUGACGAGGUCACAAUUAAAAAGGUAGAGAUCAUAAAACCGGAAGAAGAAACCGCGGAGCCCACCGCCGAGGUCACGCUUAAACCUAAACGCAAACCAGAACCAGACGAAGGUGCUGAUGAGGUAACGAUCAAAAAGAUUGAAAUUAUAAAACCUGAAGAAGUAGAAGGGGCAGAGCCAGUUGCUGAUGUGACAAUUAAACCUAAACGUAAACCGGAGCCAGAUGAAGGCGCUGACGAGGUCACAAUUAAAAAGGUAGAGAUCAUAAAACCGGAAGAAGAAACCGCGGAGCCCACCGCCGAGGUCACGCUUAAACCUAAACGCAAACCAGAACCAGACGAAGGUGCUGAUGAGGUAACGAUCAAAAAGAUUGAAAUUAUAAAACCUGAAGAAGUAGAAGGGGCCGAGCCAGUUGCUGAUGUGACAAUUAAACCUAAACGUAAACCGGAGCCAGAUGAAGGCGCUGACGAGGUCACAAUUAAAAAGGUCGAGAUCAUAAAACCGGAAGAAGAAACCGCGGAGCCCACCGCCGAGGUCACGCUUAAACCUAAACGCAAACCAGAACCAGACGAAGGUGCUGAUGAGGUAACCAUUAAGAAGAUUGAGAUUAUCAAACCGGUCGAGGAAGAGACUACCGAACCAACUGCAGAAGUCACCCUUAAACCGAAACCUAAACCCACGCCCGACGAAGGAGCUGAUGAGGUGACAAUAAAGAAAAUCGAAGUAAUAAAGCCGGAUGAAGUAGAAGGCGCUGAGCCAGCUGCCGAAGUCACCAUUAAACCUAAACGAAAAACUAAGCCUAAGGUCGAGGAAACAGCCGACGAAAUAACCAUUAAAAAAAUAGAAGUCAUUCAACCAGACGAGGAGAAAGGCGAAGAACCUACAGCUGAAGUAACACUCAAACCUAAACCAAAGCCAAAGCCAGAUGAAGGUGCCGAUGAAAUUACAAUUAAAAAGAUUGAAGUUGUUAAGCCCGAGGACGUGGAGGCGGAAGAGCCCGCGGCUGAAAUUACACUUAAGCCAAAGGAGAAACCCAAACCUGAUGACGGCGAAGACGAGACCACCAUUAAAAAAGUUAAAGUGGUCAAACCUGAAGAUGCAGAACAAGAAGCGACUGUUAAAAAGAAGCCAUCCUCCCGUAAAGGUUCCCUAGAACAACAUUCUGAAGAACUUACAGUUAAACGGUUGAAGCCUGUACGCAGAUCUUCAAAGGCCGAAGAAGAAGAAGUCAAAACGGUAACGUUCAGACCAAAGGUGACAAAGAGCAAAGAGGAUGUGGAGCAAGAAUUUAAAAUGCAAUUAGAUUCUUACGCGGAAGAAGAAAUUUCAAUGUCGAGUAAGAUCAGAUUGAAACGCCGCCCGACCUACGGAGAGGAAAUGGCCGAAGACACGGUGAAGGUUAUUCGCGAAAUUGAAGAUGAAGGCCCGACCAUAGAAGAGAUUAUUGAUGAGGGUAGCGAUGCCGAGGAGCUUCCUUACGAUGGUGAAGAAGAAGAGAGCUACCACAUUGCGUUGCGUAAGAAGAAGCCAAAACGAAAACCUUACAAAGUGCGAAAGGAAACUGAAGAAGAGGUUAAACUGGAGAUUAAGAAACCGAAGCAGCCCGAGGAGGAAUAUUCGGAAGGGUCUCUUUCUGUGUCACUCAAACCGAAGAGGAAGGUUUCAGUUCAAACAUUCGAUGAAGAAGCAGCGGCAUUGCGCAUAGUUCGAGAGCAUGAGAUCACCGAAGAAGAGCAACCUGAAGAAGAAGAGGAAGACCACGAGAUAUUCUUCUCCAUUUCUUACUAUACAGCCGAAACCGAUCAAGCCACCGAUUUAGUUGAAGGGGAACGGUUGUACGUCUUGGAAACUGAUAAUCCCGAUUGGUGGUUGGUCAAAAAGAGCCUGACAAAGGAAAAGGGUUGGGUUCCUUCAAACUAUCUCAUGAAUGAGCACGACUAUGCCAUCUACCUGCAGAAAAAGCUCAACGAAAAAAUUGAUAAACUGCCUACCUUUGAGAAACCCGCAUCCACCGAGACCACGUUUGCUCCACGAUUCGUCGAGAAACUACGUCCCCAGCACGCGCAAGAUGGCUACACCGUUCAAUUCCAGUGUAAAGUGAUAGGAGCGCCCAGACCUCAAAUAACUUGGUUUAGACAAACGGGAAUUAUUAAACCGUCGCAAGAUUACGAAAUGUUCUACGAUGAAGAUAACGUAGCUACUCUAAUUAUCAAGGAGGUGUUCCCGGAAGACGCGGGCACUUUCACGUGCGUGGCUAAGAACUCGGCCGGAUUCGCUUCCAGCACGACAGAGUUGAUUGUCGAACUGCCCCUUUCCGAUCACGGCUCCGACACAACUGGGCUAUCACGAAAGAGUCUGUCGCGAGAGUCUUCGCUGGCGGACAUCUUGGAGGGCAUUGUUCCAAUAUUUGCAAAGAAACCGAGUGCCAUAUACGUAGAUGAGGGUACCGAUGUGACGUUGGAGUGCAAAUUGGUUGCGGUACCGGAGCCUACAGUGACUUGGUCGUGUAGAAAGAAGCAUCUGACCACGAAGGACAACGUUACCAUUACCACCGAGUCCGAUACGCACACCUACACUACAACGCUCAAAAUUACGAAGAUCAAGAAGACGCAGGAAGGUCUGUUUGAAAUUAAAGCGAGAAAUCGCGAAGGGAAGGCCUCUGUGACGGUUAUGGUGAUUGUUCGAACUCUAGAAGAUGAGGCGCCCCAAAUUUUGGAGAACCUCAAGAGUGUAACGGUUCAAAGUGGAGAGAGCGUAACCUUGAGCACUCACAUAGUAGGUACUCCGACGCCGAAGGUAACCUGGUACAAAGACGGUAAGCCAAUCUCGUCCAACAAAAUUGUUGAGAAGAAUGGCGUCUAUUCGCUUACCAUAUCUAAGACCACCACCAAGGAUAUGGGAAGGUAUACGGUUAAGGCAACCAACAAAUUAGGGUCUGUGGAAACUGCGGCUGAACUAACUGUGGAAGAAUUCCUGACCGAUAAACCAGAACCGCCAAUGUUCACGGAACGAUUCCAAGGUGUAACCGUGACGGAAAAAUCGACCAUCCGACUGUUUGCCAGAGUCAUAGGAAACCCGGUUCCGGAGGUCGCGUGGUUGAAGAACAACGAGCCGCUAAAACCCAACUCGAGAACGAAGUUGUCGUAUGAUGGCGAAAAUAUCGAACUGACAAUCACCGACGCCAACCCCGACGUGGAUUCCGGCGACUACAAGUGCAUCGCGAGCAACCCCGUUGGCAAGGCGUCGCAUGGCGCCAUGGUCAUUGUCGACGUUGAAACCGUAAAGUUCACCAAGAAGCUCAAGAAGACCAUGGAAAUCUUCGAGCGUGACACCUUGCUCCUCGAAUGCGAGACCUCGCAUAUCAUUUCGACGAAAUGGUACCACAACAACAAGGAGAUUACCGGUAUGGACCACCACGUUGUCAUGGAGGAGGGCCGCACUCACAAACUGACGGUGAAGACCUCAACGCUUAGUGACGCCGGUAGCUAUAAGUGCACGGUCAAAAAUCAAAAGACCGAGACGAGCGUGACCGUGAUUCCGAAGAAACCCGAGUUUGUAAGGAAGUUGCAGGAUUGCGAGGUGAAAGAGAAGGAGAGCGCGAUUUUAGAGGUCGAGGUGAGCUCGGAUACUGCAGAUGUGGUUUGGAAGAAAGAUGGCAAGCCAAUCACCGAGUCCGAUGGUAAAUAUAUAAUCGAAAAAGACGGCGGGGUGCGCCGACUUGUCGCCCACGACAUCACCAUACACGACGAAGGCGAGUACUCUUGCUCGUUGCCCGAUGACGAGUGCGCCGCAGAGCUGACAGUGGUGGAAUUGCCACCGGAAAUUAUCACCAAAAUGGUCGACCAAACGGUUACCGAGGGAGAGAAGGCGACGUUCGAAAUUGAGCUUACCAAAGGCGAUGCCUUGGUGCGAUGGUUUAAGGAUGGGGAGGAAUUGCAGUUCUCCGAGCAUGUGCAGUUGUCAAUCGAUGGUAAAAGGCAGAAGUUGAAGAUAUACAGCACGGAGCUGAAGGAUAAAGGCGUUUACUCCUGCCAGGUCGGAACUCAAAAGUCAUCGGCGAAGUUAACGGUUAAGAAACUACCGGCCCGUUUCGUCAGAGAAUUGCCGGAAAUAACACUAACCAAGCUGGCCGUUGACGUAACACUCACCGUCGAGCUGAACAAGCCCGAUCUUGAGGUGGAAUGGCUUCGCCGAGGUAGAAUCAUCGAGGAAUCGACCAAGUACACCAUUAUAUCCGAGAAGCAUGUGAAGAAGAUGAUUAUACGAAACGUCAAAACUGAAGAUGAAGUGGAAUAUUCGUGCAGAGUGGAAGACGUGAGCACCACGACAAAAUUGAAGAUUGAGAUUAUAGAGACGUUACCGAAGCUGUUCGUAGACGACACCAAUAAGGUUUACAAGGUUAGAAAAGGAGAAAAUGUCACCUUUAACGUGAAAUACACUGGUACGCCGACACCGGCUGACGAAUGGAGCGUCAACUACACCUUAAUACAACCGUCGAGGCGCCACCAACCAGCCAUAACCGAAGAAAACGUCAGUCUAACCAUACGAAGAGUCGAAUUUGAAGACAUCGGAAAUUACACCAUCAAGCUAAAGAAUAACUGCGGCGAAGCUUCGGCCGAGCUAACACUUAUCGUCAUGGAUCUACCCUAUCGACCUUUCAAACCCGAAUUGGUGGACGUCACUGAUAACUCCAUCACCUUACAUUGGAAAGCGCCGGAAUUUGACGGCAAUACGCCUAUCAUCAACUACAUCAUUGAGUACCGGCUUAAAGACACCACAAGAUGGGAAAGAACAACAGAAACUAUAACAACCACCAAUCACACCAUAACUAAAGUAGAAAAACACAAGGAAUACACCUUCCGCGUGAUAGCCGUAAAUGAAAUCGGCGAAAGCGAACCUUCAUAUAACACCGACUACAUCCUCAUCGCGUCUCCGACGACCAAAGAAGCUCCGACGAUUCUAGAAACUCUAAAAGACGUCAAGAUCGGUCUAAACAAAGAAUUGACACUGUCGUGCGUCAUCAGCGGAAACCCGACACCCGACAUAACCUGGUUCAAAGAUGGAAAAACGAUCAAGUCCAAGACGAUUACUUACGAAAAUCACGUCGCCAAAUACACGAUCAGGGAGACCGAGGAGACGACCGAGGGUAUUUACACUGCCAAAGCGCAAAAUCUGCUGGGAACGGCGGAAACGCGAUGCCACGUGGUGAUACAGGAAGCGCCACGCUUGGAAGUGGACGAAGAGUUAACCAACCUAACUCUCAAGGUCAGCGAGCAGUGGAAGGUCAAAUUGAAAGUGUCCGGCUAUCCUCACCCCGAUAUCACUUGGAAGAAAAAUGGCGUCAUUAUGACUUCGAACAGCCACAGUUAUUACUACUCGGAUGAGCUAUCGACUACCAUUGUUAUCUACUCCUUGGAGCGGAACGAUACGGCUACCUAUACGGUUAUUGCAGAAAAUUCGGCCGGCUUCGCAGAGAAAGAAAUAAAGCUACGAGUAGUUGAUUUCUCAGCUCGCUUACAGUCACGCAUAUCCGAAAGUACAAUUACGGAUAAACCCACACCACCACAAGGACCUAUGGAUGUAACGAACCUUGAGAAGGACUCCGCGACAAUCUCCUGGCGUCCUCCAUUAGACGAUGGUGGCGUUGAGCUUACAAAGUACCUGAUCGAGAAAUACGAAAUGUCAAGCAUGACGUGGACCAAAAUCGCAGAAGUGGAGCCGCUCGUUACUACCUACUCGGUUCAAAGUUUGCAAAUGAGCGAUGAGUACCUCUUCCGAGUGUACGCGCAGAACUCGAUCGGAAAAUCCGAACCGCUCGAGAGCAAAAAUGUGUCUCUGAAAGCUUCAUUCAAAGUGCCGUCUCCACCUCGGGCGCCAUUGGAAGUGUCUGGAAUGUCGGCUACAUCAUUUACCAUCUCAUGGCAGGCGAGUGCCAGUGACGGUGGCAGCAGCAUAAUUGAGUACAUAGUGGAAAUGAAGGAGUCCAACAGGCGCGUGUUCAAAAAGCUGGGAGCCACCAAAGGAGCGGUCACAAACUUCGCGGUGAACUACCUGGAGAAAGACCAAGGUUACAACUUCAAGAUAACCGCGCGAAACGCAGUCGGUCUGAGUGAGCCAUUCCUGCCCGAGGAUACCAUCACUGCCGGAGCUCGAAUUAGAAUAAAGUACGAGUUUGCGAAAACAGAUUCCACGCUAUACUGCCUUUUGGGCAUUUUUCCGCCCACUAAGCUCGGCACUCCCACCACGCCAUCGCCUCCUAGAAACUUGGAGAUUUCCGACACCACAACCAAGAGCGCCACAAUUACGUGGGACGCACCGGAAAACACGGGAGGCACGGAACUUACCGGUUACAUUAUCGAAAAGAAAUACGAGUACAUGCCCAAUUGGGAACGGGCUGCCACUUUGGAACCUUCAGUUCACAAGUUCACCUUUGAAAACCUGAGGGAGAAGACUAAGUAUGUGUUUAGGGUGUUGGCAGAAAACUCCGUGGGAGUAAGCAAUCCGGCAGUGACCAGAACUCUAGAUCUGUUUACGUAUGCAACCGUCCCGUCUCCACCGACCGCGCCCUUGGAAAUCAGGACAAUCGGCCCUAACGCCAUCGUGAUCGAGUGGGGUAUUCCGGAAUCCGACGGCGGAUCGCCUCUGCUAGGUUACAACAUCGCAAUCAGAGAUACGCGUAAGACCAUGUGGAUGGAAGUUGGUCGUGUUGCGGUGCCCACGCAGAAGUUUACGAUACGCGAUCUUCAAGAGGACCACGAAUAUCUGAUUAGGGUGUUCGCGAGGAAUGAAAUUGGGCUCAGCGAUCCUCUUGAUUCAGAUGAGCCUUUCAGAGUAUUACCAUCCACAGAUGCUGACGCCGAGGAAUUCAAAGAAGUAACAGACCGAGAGCCGACAUCCUAUAGUACCGAGACAACCACCUCGUGGCUAAGAGACAACAGUAUGGACGCGGACAUCCACUCGUACUCCAGAGGAAAACUACUGCAGAAGAACGAGUACUUCUUCAAGAUAUGGUGUUUCGCCGAAGAUCUCUUCAAGUAAAAUUUUGUAAAGAAAACGGACUGACCAAAUUUGACCAAGACUGUGACAAAUCUAGGAUUAGGAUAAACUGUUAGAUGUAAAUAUAUUGUAUACUGAUUGAAACUUAUAGGAAUUCCAUAAUUUGACGACAUAAUCAAAUUGUCUCCUGUGAUCCUGAAUAUCGAAUCUGACUUUAGAACCCCCCCGAAUGAAGUUUUAUUGUAAUAUUUGUUGUAAAAUUUAUAUAUAGUUUAAGUGUUUGGGCUUGAGCGAGUUAUUACGUAUACGACAUCUCAAGUUUUAUAUUGUUCUUUUGUUAAAAUUUACGUGCCGCUUUAUAUGAGAUAGUACGCGCACAUUAUACUGUUGAUUUAUUUUUUUCCUGGAGGCGCGCGUUUUCAAUUUAAGGGAAUAAAUAUAGGUGCAUAUUAUCAACAUCGAUAGAAAUUGAAAACGUGCAGGCUGUCCAAUUUUAUUUUAUUCUGUUAUUAAAGUAUUUAUCAAUA